CAGCUGAUCAAGCAUUUCUCUUCCUCCAGGAGGGAGGUGUAUCGGAUCCUGAAGAACCAGGGUAUCCUACUCCCACGCUACGCCGUUCUCAACAGAGACCCUGCAAGACCAGAGGGUUAGUACCCAGUACCUUUGUGGUUAAAGCAGUGUUUCUCAAUCCUGGUCCUGGGAACCCAAAGAGGUGCACGUUGAUGUUUUGUUUUUCCCCCUAGCAUUAACACACCUGAUUCCAAUAAUCAGAGGCUUGAUGAUGAGUUGAUUGGUUGAAUCAAGUGUGUUGGUGCUAGGGCAAAAUCUAAAAUGUGCUUUCAGACUUAAAAAGUAAUCUAAUGUCAAGAUGAGUACUUCGGAAAGUAUUCAGACCCCUUGAUUUAUUCCACGUUUUGUUAUGUUACAGCCUUAUUCUAAAAUUUAUGAAAUUGUUUUUUCUCCCUCAAUCUACACAAUUACCUCCAUAAUGACAAAGCAAAAACAGGUUUUUAGACAUGUUUACUAAUUUAUUAAAAAUAAAAAAAUGUAUCACAUUUACGUAAGUAUUCAGACCCUUUACUCAGUACUUUGUUGAAGCACCUUUGGCAGCAAUUACAGCCUUGAGUCUUCUUGGGUAUGACGCUACAAGCUUGGCACCUCUGUAUUUGGGGAGUUUCUCCCAUUCUUCUCUGCAGAUCCUCUCAAGCUCUGUCAGGUUGGAUGGGAGCGACGCUUGGUAUUCAGGCCAAAUAGUUAAAUCUUAGUUUCAUCAGACCAGAGAAUUUAGUUUCUCGUGGUCUUUAAGUGCCUUUUGGCAAACUCCAUGCGGGCUGUAAUGUGCCUUUUACUGAGGAGUGGCUUCCGUCUGGCCACUCUACCAUUAAGGCCUGAUUGGUGGAGUGCUGCAGAGAUGGUUGUCCUUCUGGAAGGUUCUCCCAGCUCCACAGAGGAACUAUAGAGCUCUGUCAGAGUGACCAUCAGGUUCUUGGUCACCUCCCUGACCAAGGCACUUCUCCCCCGAUUGCUCAGUUUGGGCCAGCGACCAGCUCUAGGAAGAGUCUUGGUGCUUCCAAACUUCUUCCAUUUAAGAAUGAUGGAGGCCACUGUGUUCUUGGGGACCUUCAAUGCUGCAGAAAUGUUUUUGUACCGUUCCCCAGAUCUGUGCCUCGACACAAUCCUGUCUCGGAGCUCUACGGACAAUUCCUCCGACCUCAUGGCUUGGUUUUUGCUCUGACAUGCACUGUCAACUGUGGGACCUUAUAUAGACAGGUGUGUGCCUUUGCAAAUAAUGUCCAAUCAAUUGAAUUUACCACAGGUGGACUCCAAUCAAGUUGUAGAAACAUCUCAAGGAUGAUCAGUGGAAACAGGAUGCACCUGAGCUCAAUUUUGUGUCUCAUAGCAAAGGGUCUGAAUACUUCAGUAAAAAUAAUAUAAACAAACCUUUUUUUGCUUUGUCAUUAUGGGGUAUUGUGUGUAGAUUGAGGAUUUUUUAUUUAUUUAAUCCAUUUUAGAUUAAGGCUGUAACGUAACAAAGUGGAAAAAGUCGAGGGGUCUGAACUUUCCGAAGACACUGUAUGUAGAUCCAGCUAUGCCUCAAACCCCAAGAGAAUGGAGAAGAUGAGCACAGCAAAUCUUUAAAUUAAAUGGUGCCUUUUUUUUCCAUUCAUCUUGGAUUGUGGCAUAUAGCUGGAUCUACAAAACGGAUGGCCUGGGAUGUGUACUUACCUCAACAGAAGACCAGGUUUGAGGUUUGCAAACAUCAGACAAGCUUUGAAGUGUAAUGCCCCUUUAAGGUUAUUAAUAGAAUAUGGGGCAAAUUCUCUAAUGCGCUUCCACCGUAUCAAAUCAAAUCAAAUCAAAUCAAAUCAAAUGUUACUUGUCACAUACACGUGUUUAGCAGAUGUUAUAGCGGGUGUAGCGAAAUGCUUGUGCUUCUAGUUCCGACAGUGCAGUAAUAUCUAACAAUUUCACAACAUAUACCCAAUACACACAAAACUAGUAAGGAAUGGGAAUUAAGAAUAUAUACAUAUAUGGACAAGCAAUGACAGAGCAGCAAUGGACUAAGAUACAGUAGAAUAUUAUAGAAUAGAAUACAGUAUAUACAUAUGAGAUGAGUAGUGCAAGAUAUGUAAACAUUAUUAAAGUGACUAGUGUUCCAUUUCUUAAAGUGGCCAGUGAUUUCAAUAGGCAGCAGCAGCCUCUAAUGUGCUAGUGAUGGCUAUUUAACAGUCUGAUGGCCUUGAGAUUUUCCUAGCUUCAUGACGGUGACAAAACAGUGUUUCAGUAUAGGAAUGUGACAAUAUGAAUCACUGUCAGGUCAGUGUUCAGGCCAUUGUGUUAUUCUCCAUUUUAUUUCUGCCCGGCACCUCAUCUGUUAACAACCCGGUUCCUGUUUCUCUGCCAAUUCAGUGCUAAACCCUCAUUCAUUGCUUGCUCUGUGCUAUUGUUUUGUUUGUAGUUUAUUCUUAUCAUAAUCCAAAACAAAAUUGUGUCCAAAGAUUUACUCAGGAACCACGUUUCCAUCCACAGUUUUUCUGCAAGUGAAGUAAAUAAAUAAAUAAAAUAAUACAAAUAAAUAAGUAGUGUCAUACAGUGGGGAAAUAAAUCAUGACAGCUGUGAUAGAAAAAGGAUGUUUCGGUACAAUUGUAUAAAUGCUGACAGAUCAUUUGUUUGUUCGACAUGGUUGGAUCUUAUUGUGUCUGUAAAAUUAAUUAUGCGAGAAAUGCGGGGGAAAUGCCUUUUUUAUGCGCAAAUAUUGAUAUAAUAACCAUCAUGUCGAAGUAAACUAGGAGUCACGCGGUGAUUAUGGUGUGUGGUCCUCCCACUACAACUCGGGAAAGCAUGCAGUUUAUUAGGCUACAGAUUAAAUUAGUUACGAUGAACUUCACAGGGUGGUGAAAGUGCACGGUGAUGAGUUUUGAUGCGCCUUUCCAAUAAAUAUCGAGCUUCUUAUUCUGGUGACAUAAGGAUCAAUGAAAGACUGCUAUUUGAGGGGAAAAAAUAUCCUUAUCCUUAAAAAUCUCAUAAUGUAGACUAGCCUACCCACUCAGCCUACCCACACUCUAUCAGCAAGCUGUUGGCUAGAGCGCACGUGACAAGACCAGAGUAGGCACAUUUUUAGCCCAACAGUUUUUGUGACAAAACUAUCAGUAGAGUUGAAUGUGAUGGAAACACAUUUAACUUUUUUUGAUUUUUUUUUUCGGUACAUGAAAACUUAAACGACAAGGUACAUUUUAAGUGCACUACCUCAUCAUGCACUGAUUUUUAUCCGGAACAAGUCCGUUUGGUGGAAACACACCACAUUUUAAAUUUUAGUCAUUUAGCAGACGCUCUUAUCCAGAGCGACUUACAUUAUCUUUUUAUUUUUCAUACUGGCCCCCGGUGGGAAUCGAACCCACAACCCUGGCGUUGCAAACGCCAUGCUCUACAUCCCUGCCGGCCAUUCCCUCCCCUACCCUGGACGACGCUGGGCCAAUUGUGCGCCGCCCCAUGGGUCUCCCGGUCGUGGCCGGCUACGACAGAGCCUGGAUUCGAACCAGGAUCUCUAGUGGCACAGCUAGCACUGCGAUGCAGUGCCUUAGACCACUGCAUCGCGAUGCAUAUUUUCUUUAUGCGGAUCUUAGAAUAUUUGCAUGAAACUCUAUCGCCAGUUUGAUGGAAACGUAGCCAGUGAUGUUAUUUGUCUAGUCCAAUAUGUCCCCUUUUUAUUGUCGCAUCGACUGGCGUGAUUUUGAUGGAGAUCAAUGUACAAACUCAUUUCUUAAAUUUUCAACUCUGUCGUAUCUGGAAUGGAAUCAAUCAGGACUGCUUAAAUUCCUCUCUCGUCCUUUAGAUUACUACAAACAUAAGAUUACUGGCAUGUAGAAAAGUUAGAGGGAUAAAACUGCUUUCCAUUUCAGUCUUAAACUGGCGACUAGCCAUGACUGUGAAACAGAUGGGGAAACAGUGUUAGCGGAAACAAUCCUGUCAUAAAGGACAAUGCAGCCAUUAUGCAUCUGAAAUGAACCCCCACAAUGCUGUUCAAAUCCAAUAGGAAUAUGAGCUGCGGCUGGAUAGACCUGUUGACACUACAUCUGUUGCUGUAGGCAAAUAAAGGCCAUUCAGCUACGGCCUGAUUGGGCUUGAUGGUAAGAGCUUUAUCUUUUUGGCAAAGUGCCCUAUCGCGUCUCUAACCUAUUGUCUGGUAGCCUCUCCCAAGUCUAUGUCAUCAACACUUCUCUGAGAUUAAUUUGGAUCAGACCAUUGAUCGUUCAGCCAAUCAGGUUCCCUUAAUGGAAGCAAUCUUUCCAGAGAUUGGAUGCCACGUUGUCGUUUGAAUGGGCACCAGGUCUAAUCCAGUAUUGGUACACAGGGUUGUGUUCAUUAAAAUGAAGAAAAUAAAGCGUCUGUGAACCUGGUUGUAGUGAGUGGGUAGCAGCUGUCUCGUUCCCAUCCACCCCCUGCUCUGAGGGGUAAAACUGGAGCACCGCUAGGCCUGGGAGACCUGCUUCCUGUCUCAGCUUUGCACUGAUUAGUAAUUAUACACCCACUCACAAUGGUCUCUGUCUCUCUCUCUGUCUCUGUCUCUGUCUCUGUCUCUGUCUCUGUCUGUCUGUCGUCUGUUCUGUUCUGUCUGUCUGCUGUCUGUCUUUCUGUCUGUCUGAUCUGUCUGUCCUGUCUGUCUUCCUGUGCCUGUCUGUCUGUCGUCUGUCUGUCUGUCUGUCGGUCUGUCUGUCUGUCUGGCUGUCUGUCUCUCUCUCUCUCUCUCUCCCUCUUCUCUCUCUCAUCACUCCUCUCCGACCCUCUCUCUCUCUCUCUCUUCUUUCUCUCGUCUCCCUCUUCUCUCUGUCCUCCUUCUGUCUGUCGUCUGCUCUCUGUCCUGGCGCUCUGUCGGCUCUCGUCUGGCUCUCUGUCCUGGCUCUCUGUCUAGGCUCUCUGUCUGGCUCUCUGUUCUGGCUCUCUGUCUGGCUCUCUGUCUGGGCGCUCUGUCUGUCUCUCUGCUCCUCUCUGUCUGUCUCGCUUUCUUUCUGUCUGUCUCUGCUGUCCGUCUCUCCUCUCUCUGUCUGUCUGUCUCUCUGUUCUGUCCUGUCUGUCUGUCAUGCCGUGCUGUCUCGCUCUCUCUCUCUUCUGUCUGUCUGUCGGUCUCGCUCUCUUCUUUCUCUGUCUGCUCCUGUCUGUCUCUCUCUCUCUUCGUCUCUCUCUGUCCGGUUCCUCUCUCGCCUCUCUCUCUCUCUGUCUGUCUCGCUCUCUGUCUGUCUGUCGGUCUUUCUCGCUUUCUUACUGUCUGUCCCUGCUCUCUGUCUUCUGCUUUCUGUCUCUCUCUCUCUCUGUCGUCUCCCUCUCGUCUCUCUGUCGCUCGUCUGUCUGUCUCUCUCUGUCUCUGUCUCUCUCUCUCUCCUCUCUCUCUUCUCUCUCUGUCCUCUGUCUCUCUCUCCUUCUCUCUCUCUCUCGUCUCCCUCUCGUCUGUCUCUCUCUCUUCUCUCUCUUCUUCUCUCCUCUCUCUGUCUGUCUCUCUGUCUGUCUCGUCUCCUCUCUCGUUCUGCUCUGCUCCUGUCUCUGUCUGUCUUCUCUCUCUGUCUGUCUCCUCUUCUGUCUCCCUCUCUCUUCUCUCGUCCUUCUCGCUCUUCUCUCUCUUCUGUCUGUCGCUCUCGCUCUUCUGUCUGUCGCUCGCUCUGUCUGUCUUCUCGCUCUCUCGCUCCCUCUUCUGUCUGUCUUUCUCGCUCCUCUCUGUUCUGUCUUCUCUCUGUCUGUCUCGCCUCUCUUCUCUCGCUGUCUUCUCCUUCUUUCUCUCUCUUGUCCAGGAUUUGUAGACUGCUCCUGUCUGUCUGUCCUUCUGUCUUUCUCCUCUCCUCUGUCCUGUUUUCCUCUACUGGUCCUCUGGUCUGGGUGGCCAAUUUAAGGGCAGCUCGCCACUGGAGGCCAUCUGUUGAAAUGACAGCUGUCUGCUUUGACCUCUCUAAGACCCUUGGCCUCCAUUGUGAUAAAUGGGAUAGCCCACUACUUUGGUGUUUAUUUUCCUUUUUGUGAAAUGGAAUCUGUACUACAAUUCCAUGUUUCAUCUGUACGUUCAUAUUUGUUGAAAUAAACUGUGUAGAAUUCCAUGUAUUUACCAGAGGAUGUUGAGAAGGACUAUUUAGAACGUUCAGAGGUCUUUGUAGAAUGUUCUAGAGUGGGCAUUAGUCAAGUGAACUUGAACACCCCACCCAGUGUGUCAGAAUACUAAGGGGACUUUUCACACCAACAUCCCGUUAAUAGGUUGAUUAGCCAAAAUCUAAAACUUACUUUUACAUAACCUUAACCUCAACCUAAUUUCAACCAAUUUCGUAAAUUAUAUAUCAGAUGUCACGUCUCCUUAAUUUUUCCCCGUUGGAACAGGCCUUUUCAGGCAGGCAGCAGUAAAGUGGCUGUGAGUGACGGCUGCUGUGGAAUCUAGCAGGUCAGUUUUGUUAUGUUUGUCACUCAGAUAGCAGAUGAACACGGCAUAAGCCAUGGAAAAAUUUGUAGAAUUGCUUUAAAACAGCAAAAUAUUGUCUCUGCAGCCAAGACGACCGUCUGUAAAAUAUUUGGUCAUAAGCCCCAUUUUUGAUUCCGAGAAUUGUAUUUGGGGGGUUUUCAAUUAGGUAAAUGCAGAUGGGCAACCCCAUGUUUACAGGCGCUAUGCUGCAUCAGUUCGGCUACAGAUUAUAAUGCUUUUAUAGGGAACAUUAUAUUUCAGAUGGUGUCAACAUAAUUUAAUUUUAAUUCAUUUUUAAAGCAGAUUGUUAUUUUUUAAAAAGUCAACAGAAGUGACCCUCUCAGUCGUUCUACCCCAAAACAUAUCACAGGGGUGCAUGUCCCUGGAGCCCCCACCCCCCACAAACACGUUAACUUUGCCACCGCUGUUGAACAGAAAUCCUAUAGGAAACACUGCCCUGGCAUAAGAAGAUUAGAUUUGCCCUUUCUGUUGGAUAAAGUGAGAUUAUAAAGGGAGAAAAGCUCAAAUGUAUGAAAUUCUCAUUCUGCUGCAGCGCAAGAGGCCUUUGCACUGUCAGGUUAUCCCAGAACGGUUUUGUUUUUGUCCAUUUUCUAUCUCUUUUUUGCAUCUGUUUCUCUCUUAUCUCCGUUACUACGGUGUCUGCGUCACAGAAUAGUCUCUUUUUUUCCACCCGCUAUUCAAAUAAUCAUUCUCAUCCACUCUCCGUUCAAAUCAGGUGAUUGAAUCCGUCUAAAAUACUCUCCAUGUCAGAGGUCGUCAACUCUGGUUUUAGAUAUUUACCGGGUGUGCAGAAUUGCUAGUUUGUUUCUGCUCUCUUGCCAACUCCUUAUGGAAUUUUAGACGGAUUCUAUCACCUGAACGUUUGAACGGAGAGUGGAUGACAAUGAUGCAAUUGUUAUUUGAAUGGCAGGGGGUGAAGGAGGCUAUGGUAACGACUAUUCUGUGAUGCAGACACCGUUGUAACACCGUAGUAAUAACAACAGCACAAACAUAUCUGGGACCAGGCUACAGAAUUUGUUGGUUUUGUGCUGGACUAUUAAAUGGCUGACCAGGGUUAGUGACCACUGCUGUACGUAAAGACCUGCUGCUAAGGGGUCUGAAUGGAGAUCAAGGCCUGCUAAUCCCAUAGGUAACCAGUUGUAUGUGCCAUCUCUGUCCAGAGUGUAACCUGGUAGAGGGGGAGGACCACGUGGAGGUGAAUGGUGAAGUGUUCCAGAAGCCCUUUGUGGAGAAGCCUGUGAGCGCCGAGGACCACAACGUCUACAUCUAUUACCCCACGUCGGCCGGAGGGGGCAGCCAGAGGCUCUUCCGCAAGGUUAGGAUGCAUGCAUGCACGCAGGCGCACACAAGAUCAAGACAUCCAUCCAUCCGUACAUACAUACACUAUAAGUAUGUGGACACCCCUUCAAAUUUAGUGGAUUCGGCAAUUUCAGCCACACCCGUUGCUGACAGGUGUAUAAAAUCGAGCACACAGCCAUGCAAUCUCCAUAGUCAAACAUUAGCAGUAAAUGGCCUUACUGAAGAGCUCAGUGACUUUCAAUGUGGCACAGUCAUAGGAUGCCACUUUUCCAACAAGUUGAAGUUGGAAGUUUACAUACACCUUACCCAAAUACAUUUAAACUCAGUUUUUCACAAUUCCUGAUAUUUAAUCCUAGUAAAAAUUCCCUGUCUUGGGUCAGUUAGGAUCACCACUUUAUUUUAAGAAUGUGAAAUGUCAGAAUAAUAGUAGAGAGAAUUAUUUAUUUCAAUUUUAUUUCUUUCAUCACAUUCCCAGUGGGUCAGAAGUUUACAUACACUCAAUUAGUAUUUGGUAGCAUUGCCUUUAAAUUGUUUAACAUGGGUCAAAUGUUUCAGGUAUCCUUCCACAAGCUUCCCACAAUAAGUUGGGUACAUUUUGGCCCAUUCCUCCUGACAGAGCUGGUGUAACUGAGUCAGGUUUGUAGGCCUCCUUGCUCGCACACGCUUUUUCAGUUCUGCCCACACAUUUUCAAUAGGAUUGAGGUCAGGGCUUUGUGAUGGCCACUCCAAUACCUUGACUUUGUUGUCCUUAAGCCAUUUUGCCACAACUUUGGAAGUAUGCUUGGGGUCAUUGUCCAUUUGGAAGACCCAUUUGCGACCAAGCUUUAACUUCCUGACUGAUGUCUUGGGUUGUUGCUUCAAAAUAUCCACAUAAUUUUCCUUCCUCAUGAUGCCAUCUAUUUGGUGAAGUGCACCAGUCCCUCCUGCAGAGAAGCACCCCCACAGCAUGAUGCUGCCACCCCCGUGCUUCACGGUUGGUAUGGUGUUCUUCGGCUUGCAAGCACCCCCUUUUUCCUCCAAACAUAACGAUAGUCAUUAUGGCCAAACAGUUCUAUUUUUGUUUGAUCAGACCAGAGGACAUUUCUCCAAAAAGUACAAUCUUUGUCCCCAUGUGCAGUUGCAAAUCGUAGUCUGGCUUUUUUAUGGCGGUUUUGGAGCAGUGGCUUCUUCCUUGCUGAGUGGCCUUUCAGGUUAUGUCGAUAUAGGACUCGUUUUACUGUGGAUAUAGAUAAUUAUGUACCUGUUUCCUCCAGCAUCUUCAGAAGGUCCUUUGCUGUUGUUCUGGGAUUGAUUUGCACUUUUCACACCAAAGUACGUUCAUCUCUAGGAGACAGAACGCGUCUCCUUCCUGAGCGGUAUGACGGCUGUGUGGUCCCAUGGUGUUUAUACUUGCGUAUUAUUGUUUGUACAUAUGAACGUGGUACCUUCAGGCGUUUGGAAAUUGCUCCCAAGGAUGAACCAGACUUGUGAAGGUCUACAAUUGUUUUUCUGAGGUCUUGGCUGAUUUCUUUUGAUUUUCCCAUGAUGUCAAGCAAAGAGGCACUGAGUUUGAAGGUAGGCCUUGAAAUACAUCCACAGGUACACCUCCAAUUGUCUCAGAUGAUGUCAAUUAGCCUAUCAGAAGCUUCUAAAGCCAUGACAUCCUUUUCUGGAAGCUGUUUAAAGGCACAGUCAACUUAGUGUAUGUAAACUUCUGACCCACUGGAUUUGUGAUACAGUGAAUUAUAAGUGAAAUAAUCUGUCUGUAAACAAUUGUUGGAAAAAUUACUUGUGUCAUGCACAAAGUAGAUGUCCUAACCGACUUGCCAAAACUAUAGUUUGUUAACAAGAAAUGUGUGGAGUGGUUGAAAAACAAGUUUAAUGACUCCAACCUAAGUGUAUGUAAACUUCCGACUUCAACUAUAUUUCUGCCCUGCUAGAGCUGCCCCAGUCAACUGUAAGUGCUGUUAUUGUGAAGUGGAAACGUCUAGGAGGAACAAUGGCUCAGCCGCGAAGUGGUAGGCCACAUAAGCUUACAGAACGGGAUCGGCGAGUGCUGAAGCGUGUAGCGCGUAAAAAUCGUCUGUCCUCGGUUGCAACACUCACUACUGAGUUCCAAACUGCCUCUGGAUGCAACUUCAGCACGAGAACUGUUCGUCAGGAGCUUCAUGAAAUGGGUUUCCAUGGCCGAGCAGCCGCACACAAGCCUAAAAUCACUAUGCGCAAUGACAAGCGUCGGCUGGAGUGGCGUAAAGCUCGCCGCUAUUGGACUCUGGAGCAGUAGAAACUGGUUCUCUGGAGUGAUGAAUCACGCUUUACCGUCUGGCAGUCCGACGGACUAAUCAGGGUUUGGCGGAUGCCAGGUGAGCGCCACCUGCCCCAAUGCAUAGUACCAACUGUAAAGUUUGGUGGAGGAGGAAUAAUGGUCUGGGGCUGUUUUUCCGGCUACGCCCCUUAGUUCCAGUGAAGGGAAAUCUUAACGCUACAGCAUACAAUUACAUUCUAGAUGAUUCUGUGCUUCAAACUUUUUGGCAACAGUUUGGGGAAGGCCCUUUCCUGUUUCAGCAUGACAAUAACCCCAUGCACAAAGCGAGGUCCAUACAGAAAUGGUUUGUUGAGAUCGGUGUGGAAGAACUUGACUGGCCCUGACCUCAAUCCCAUCGAACACCUUUGGGAUGAAUUGGAACGCCGACUGCGAGCCAGGCCUAAUCGCCCAACAUCAGUGCCCGACCUCACUAAUGCUCUUGUGGCUGGAUGGAAGCAAGUCCCUGCAGAAAUGUUCCAACAUCUAGUGGAAAGCCUUCCCAGAAGAGUGGAGGCUGUUAUAGCAGCAAAGGGGGGACCAACUCCAUAUUAAUGCCCAUGAUUUUGGAAUGUAGUAUACAUACUCACUCACACACACACACACACACACACACACUUAGCCGUCAACAUUCCUAACUAAUGCCAGGAGUAUUUCCUGGUCAGAUCAUGUGAUCAGCAGAAACUGGGCACUAUUCAUAACUCAGUGCUCUAGCAGAAUCUCUGCAGUAUUAGCCCCUAAAACCAUGUAAUGCUAGCUGGAGGCUGCUGGAGGCUGCUGGAGCCUGUACAAGCCACUAAUACCAUGCAAGGCUAGCUAGAGACUGUACAAGCCACUAAUACCAUGUAAUGCUAGCUAGAGACUGUACAAGCCACUAAUACCAUGCAAGGCUUUCUAGAGACUGUAAAAGCCACUAAUACCAUGUAAUGCUAGCUAGAGACUGUACAAGCCACUAAUACCAUGCAAGGCUUUCUAGAGACUGUACAAGCCACUAAUACCAUGUAAUGCUAGCUAGAGACUGUACAAGCCACUAAUACCAUGUAAUUCUAGCUAGAGACUGUACAAGCCACUAAUACCAUACAAGGCUAGCUAGAGACUGUACAAGCCACUAAUACCAUGCAAGGCUAGCUAGAGACUGUACAAGCCACUAAUACCAUACAAGGCUAGCUAGAGACUGUACAAGCCACUAAUACCAUGCAAGGCUUUCUAGAGACUGUACAAGCCACUAAUACCAUGUAAUGCUAGCUAGAGACUGUACAAGCCACUAAUACCAUGUAAUUCUAGCUAGAGACUGUACAAGCCACUAAUACCAUACAAGGCUAGCUAGAGACUGUACAAGCCACUAAUACCAUGUAAUUCUAGCUAGAGACUGUACAAGCCACUAAUACCAUGUAAUUUCUCUCCUCCUGAUCUUCCCUCUAGAUUGGAAGCAGAAGUAGUGUUUAUUCGCCCGAGAGUAAUGUGCGAAAAACUGGAUCCUACAUUUAUGAAGAGUUCAUGCCAACGGAUGGAACAGAUGUAAAGGUACGUCCCAUUAGCCAACAGCUGUUUGUGUUAAACAAGUGUUAAAUGUAUUUACUUCAGUGUUUUCCAUUCUACUUCCGUUUUAGAGUCUAUUUGCUUCAAAGCACAACAUAAUAGAAUUGAUGUGUUAUGUAGGAUUUAUGUGUUGUGCCUCGCGGAAGACUGUCUCGGUUACAAAGAUGAGGGGGGGAGAGUGACUGUGCAAAUCCAGAUUGCAGAGUCAGACGAAAUAGGAGAGCUCCAACCCAGCAGUAUAUAUAUCAUUAUAUUUAUCUCAUUGGCUCAGCUGAAAAGGGAUCUAGCUAAAACCGCAUAUUAUUUCUACGUUCCAAAUGGCUUAGGGCCAUAGGGUGCCACUUGGGACACAAGCUAUAUUUACUCUCUGGGACCAGCUGAAAUAGGGCAGCUAAAAAUGCUAAUUAUAUUUACUUUGUACGAUCAGGCACCAGCUUUUAGUUACACAGCUGAAAAACGACGAGGACGGUGAGGCCACUAGAUUCAGUAUUUCACACUGUGUCCUUUGCUUUGAGCACCACAGUGAGCAUGCGUACCAAAUUGCACCCUAUUCCCUAUAUAGUGCACUCCUUUUGACCAGAGCCCUACUCUCAGAGAACAAUGGAAGUGGAAUAGAAAAAUACUUAUUUUAUUAUAUAAAAACGCUGGAUAGGUAACAACCAUACUUUUGUGGGUGGGGGGGGGUGGUGUCUGUGGGUGGGUGGGGGGGUGGUGUCUGUGUGUGGGGUGGGUUUGGUCCCUAGGUGUACACAGUGGGGCCUGACUACGCCCACGCGGAGGCCAGGAAGUCCCCGGCCCUGGACGGCAAGGUGGAGCGGGACAGUGAGGGCAAGGAGGUGCGCUACCCAGUCAUCCUCAAUGCCCGCGAGAAGCUCAUCGCCUGGAAGGUCUGUCUGGCCUUCAAGGUAACCAGGGACAACACACUAGCAACCAUGACCUUAAGCUAGGCCAAGACUGUGUUUCUGCGUCCCAAAUGGCAAGCUAUUCCUUACAUAGUGCACUACUUUGGAACAGAGCCCUAUGACCCUCUUGUCCAAAGUGGUGUACUAUCUAAGGAAUAGGGUGCCAUUUGGGACACAGACAGGGACUUGACUCAUUAUCCCUAGACUGGCUUGAUUAAGGUGGACAGCCCUGUUGAAUGGACCAAGCAAAGGUGAUUGGGGUUGUUUAAAGAGAGUCGAGUGGCGUAAAUGCUAGGAAACACUAAGUAGAAGUGCCCUAAGUACCCAAGUUCCCUAGAGACUAAAUAGAAUUUAGUGCCUAAAUUGCAACACAGUAUCAGAAAUAUCAAAUAAUAUCAAGACAUUACGUCUGUUUUCAAUUAUGGCCCAAUAAUGUGCGUUCAAUCUGAUUAAUCAAAUAAUGUAUUUAAUAUUUUUUGAUACGAUGUAAAAUAAACAUUUUUCAGUGACGAUAGGUUUCAAUUCCCUUAUCUGCCUUACCAGUGAACCAUAAAGGCAUGCUUGUAACUUUAGAUGGUGAGGUUAAAUGUCAGAUCUCGGAUGCUCCGACCGUGGGGAGCAUUUUCUCAUUUUCACUUCUCCUUUCUCUUGACAGCAAACGGUCUGUGGUUUCGACUUGCUACGCGCCAACGGCCAGUCGUACGUGUGCGAUGUCAAUGGCUUCAGCUUCGUGAAGAACUCCAUGAAGUACUAUGAUGACUGUGCAAAAAUACUGGGGUCAGAAUCCACAUUUUGAAAAAAAUAUCUUUAUUGUGCUAAGAUUGAUCAUUUUACAGUUUGCAAAUGAUCAUUUUGAAACGUGAUAAAUAAUUUGAAUACCUGUUUGGGGCAGUAGCCAGCUAUAGACAGUUGUGGUCUAUUGGAUUUCCCGUUCAGUAGCGACACUGUAUAAGAGAGAUACCAUAUCUGAGCAGCCGUUAAAGAAAGCCUGCCCUAUAACAGUAAUCCUUCUACCCCCCUUCCCCCACCAAAAAAAGGAGUGGUUGUCCCACUGGCUAUCCUAAGUUGAAUGCACCAAUUUGUAAGUCGCUAUGGAUAAGAGCGUCUGCUAAAUGACUUAAAUGUAAAUAUUCAAAUGUUCUGUGUGCUUGAUAGAGGAUUGCUGCACCCCCCCCCCCUGCCAUUACUGCCAAUUUUACGGGGUUGUGAUCACAUAACAAGGUUUCCAGGAAGCAUUUAUAAAUGGUGGAUAAUGCAUCAUUUCAGUGGCAAAGUCACAAGGCAGAAUGAUAGAGAGGGUUAUUCCGGGCAAGGCCUGAGGAUAUGGCUGAGUGCUGCUACAUAACAUGGACAUGUCAGUGAGCCCAUCAUAGGCCUGUGCUGUAAUUACAGUCAUUGACUUACGCUGGGAUCAUCCAUUGGUCCAUAUCUCUUCAUAACCUGGCCCUCUCGGUUGAUCAGGAACUACAAAGACAGAGAAAAGGAACUGAGUGAUGUACAUUGAAACUCAUUCUGCAUUAAAGAUUCAGCCCGGGAUCUUAAGCACUUACAAAUUCGUAACAUAUUGUAUUGCAAAAAAAAAACAUUUUCUAAAUAAAAACACGUGUAACAUAUCAUGCAAAAUGGAUGACGUAGUGCACCAUUUUCGGGGACCCGUUUUGGCUCAUGAGCACUACCUUCAAAACUACUGGCUGAAAUUAUACAAAAUCUCUGGAGCAUCACUUUAAACGUCCAUUAUCUAACAGCAAAAUCUGAUAAUAGUCAAUAGGUGUUUUGUUUUCAAUUCGUUAACCCCACAACUCCCCAACUCCUAAAUGCAGAAAAUAUACUUCCAUUUAAGUAUGUAUUUUUAAAACUGCGUUGUAUUUAAGUCCCCUGUAGCUCAGUUGGUAGAGCAUGGCGCUUGCAACGCCAGGGUUGUGGGUUCGUUUCCCCACGGGGGGCCAGUAUGAAAAAAUGUAUACACUCACUAACUGUAAGUCGCUCUGGAUAAGUAAAUGUAAAAUGUAAAUGAAUUAAAUAGGUUCAGUAAUACUUUAGUUAUAGAUGCUUCAUAUGAUGUCUUAUGUUGCCUUAUAAAAAAACACUGAAGAAGGUCUAUGGACCGAACCAUUGGCUGUGAGAUCCAUUCAAAAGUUUGUGGAGAAGCUUGGAUCACUAGUGUGCUGGAGCUUCAUUGUUUUUCUAUUGCUUUAUAGACAGGAUGGAGUUUGAGUAUUAUGAAACUAUAUAAGGAAAGAUAUUGUUCACUGUAUAUCACAAGCUCUUGUGCUUUAUUACACAAUCGGUCCCCGAUUGAAAUGUUUCCGCAGAUUUUUUUUUUCCUCAGUUUGUCUGUCAUAGUUGACGUGUACCUAUGAUUAAAAUUACAGGCCUCUCUCAUCUUUUUAAGUGGGAGAACUUGCACAAUUGGUGGCUGACUAAAUACUUUUUUUCCCCCACUGUAUGUCAUUUGCCAGGUUAUUGUUAUCUAUGCGCUGUUGAAAAUGGUUUUACCAGAAUAAAAGUAAGCUAUCGGAAACAACUCUCAUCUCUGGCUGUAUAGGCUAGCUACGGAAUGGGGCCAACAAUAGAUGUUAUUUGGAUUGUUCAGGUUCACCAUUGGCAAUAGUUUUGGUAGUUUUGCUUUAAACAAUCAGUGUAUAUGGUAAUUUUUUUAUAUUACAAGGUCAAGUUAAUAAUUUCAUAACGAAGACGGCAAUCACUUUGCGAGGUGCACUGCAUGGCCAAAUCGGGAGGAUAAAAUAAUCUCACUAAAAACUUCCAAACGGUUGAAAAUCAUUUGUUUUUGCAGAUUUUAAUUUAGAAUGGAAUAUUAAUGUGUUUAUGCAACAAAUGUUAGUGCAUCGAACAAAUCGCAUCGAUUCGUUUCAAACUAAAACGUAUCAUUCCUGUAUCAUAUCGGAGCCCAUGUAUCUAGAUCUAUUUCCGUAUCGAAUCGUCUGGAAAGGGAAAGAUUCACAUCCCUAUUAUACAGAUUCACAAUGGUCAUAAACAGCCUAUUUAAGAUGAAUAUAUGUAUUAGGCAAUGCAGCACUAAUAAAACCCAAUACAUCACUUAAUAAAAAGCAGCUUCAAGUAGUUACCAAAGUGCUUUGUCCUUGAACUUACAUUUUACAUUUUAGUCAUUUUAGCAGACACUCUUAUCCAGAGCGACUUACAGUUAGUGAGUGCAUACAUUUUUUUCCCCUAUUAUUAUUAUUUUUUCAUACUUCUGUAGAAACAUCAUCAUGAGAGAGCUGGCUCCCCAGUUUUCUAUCCCAUGGUCCAUACCUCUGGAGGCUGAAGAUAUCCCCAUCGUCCCCACCACCUCUGGAACCAUGUGCGUACUUACACACAUUUUGAUGAUGCAUUCAUAGUGGAUAUAGCUGUUUAGCCAUAGCAAAUGUAGCCGUAUAUUGCCGUAAAUUGGUGCACUUUUAGGCCCCAACUUGACUUUCAUGCGCGUAACUCAAAUGUUCCUACAAUAUCCUCCAUUGACAUAAUUGCAUACAUUUUAAAUGAAGCGAAAAGAUAAGCGCACAUCUCAAUAGGAUUUAGCCAGCAAUGCAUAGAAAGUGGCUAAACUCCGCUCAUAAGGUAAGUUGAUAUUCUUAACUGUUGACACUCUUAACUCAGGAUGGAGCUACGGUGUGUUAUCGCUGUGAUUCGUCAUGGCGACAGAACUCCCAAACAGAAAAUGAAAAUGGAGGUUCGGCACCAGAGGUACAUGACACCUGUUCACACAGUCAAUGUGUACAGGGCUACUAUCAAACUACAGUACUGUUAAAAUGGUGCUUCAGUAUUGGUAAAUGGAAUGUUUUCAUCACUGUAAUGUAUCGCCUCUUUUAGGUUUUUUGAUCUAUUUGAAAAAUGUGGCGGGUACAAAAACAAAAAACUAAAGUUGAAAAAGCCAAAGCAAUUACAGGUAAAUAAUACCUAUUUGUGUCCUUUUCACGUUGUAGCUUCAUCAUGUGUUGGACAGUACAACUUACCUGCAUCUCAUUUGUUUAUUUCCAAAUCCAGGAAGUCCUUGAUAUCGCCAGACAACUCCUGGUCGAAAUCGGACAGAACAACGAUUCCGAAAUCGAAGAAUCUAAAGCAAAACUUGAACAACUGAAAACAGUCCUUGAAAUGUAUACGUUACUGCACAUUCCCAACUAUUUAGUAUUUGAUUUAACAAACUGCUCUUACAACAAAAUGUGUUUUGGUGUUUUGCUUUAGGUAUGGGCAUUUUUCUGGCAUCAAUCGCAAGGUUCAGAUGACCUACCUUCCAAAUGGGUGCCCCAAAACAUCCAGUGAGGAAGAAGGUAGGAUUUGUUCUAUCAUGUGGCCUUUAUAUCAAAUGUUCUCUCUAGUCUAUGAACUGAUUGUGUGUGUGUGUGGUUCUCCUGUGAUUUACUGGCUCAUUAUGUGUGUAUCUCUCCGUGUUGUCUGUGGUUGCUGUGCCCAAUAGACGUGCGUAGGGAUGACCCCUCUCUGCUGCUGGUGUUGAAGUGGGGCGGGGAGCUGACCCCGGCAGGCAGGGUACAGGCUGAGGAGCUGGGGAGGGCCUUCCGCUGUAUGUACCCUGGAGGACAAGGUAACAACGUCUAUCCACUCAACACCUAAAUGUUAAAGCAGUGGACGUCCUCACAGAUGCACACUGAUGUGUCAAAGCUGAUUUGGUAUUUUCCAGGCGACUACGCAGGGUUCCCAGGGUGUGGCCUGCUGCGUCUCCACAGCACCUACAGACACGACCUGAAGAUCUACGCCUCCGACGAGGGACGUGUUCAGAUGACCGCUGCUGCCUUCGCUAAGGUCUGUCUGACCGUGCAGGUUUUUUAGAGACAUUUCACUCCCAAAAUGAAAGUUGGUCAGAUGUUUUCAGACCAAAAAACAAGUCUAUUGUCAAGAUAAAUCCAUGUCCCAUACCAUUGGUUGAGCCGAUCCAGCUGUUUGCCUCUACCCCAAAUGAAUGGAAAAUAUCAUCACAGAAUAAAAUCUGGAAAUCUAAUGGCACUUACCUUUUCCAUUAAUUUUGGAUUGAGGCAUAUCUGGAUCUACUCAACAGAUGAUCUGAAAUGUGGAUGUAUCUCAAAAUUAGUCUACUUUUGAGGUCUAAAGAAAAACAUCUGACACGCAUUAUUUUUGGAAUGAAAUGUAUUUUUAAGAAUGUUGUCUUGUCCCGUUAGUCAGUCAGUCAAGUUAUAAUACAUAGCUUAGUGGUUAAGAGCGUUGGGCCAGUAACCGAAAGGUUUGAAUCCCCAAGCCGGCUGGGUGAAAAUCUGUCGUUCUGCCCUUGAGCAAGGCACUUAACCCUAAUUGCUCCUGUAAGUCGCUCCAGCGUCUGCUAAAUGACUAAAAUGUCAAUGUAAAUAUAUCUGGUGGCAUCCAUUUAGGGUCUGCUGGCACUGGAGGGCGAGCUGACGCCAAUCCUGGUGCAGAUGGUGAAGAGUGCCAACAUGAACGGGCUACUGGACAGCGACAGCGACUCUCUCAGCAGCUGCCAGCAGCGCGUCAAGGCCCGCCUCCACGAGAUCCUGCAGAGAGACAGAGACUUCACCGCCGAAGAUUACGAGAAGGUUGGGACUAAAUGAUGCAGCCUAAGUUCUGUCCUAUCCAUUUGGUCUGUGACUAUUGUGACUGAUAUGGGCUGUGGAGAAAGCCACUCGGUGACAAAAUAUACGUUGGCGUUUGAUCAUUAUAAGUAGAUGGUCUACUGUUGUAAAUAGAUUCUCGCUGAAAGAUUCUUUCUGAAAACGUCCAAUGUCCCAUUUUUUUUCUAGUCCUAAUGAAAGAGUCCAAGCAGGAUGCGUACGCUGACAUGGCUCAGAGAUGUGUAAAAUACUGUCUCUGACUGUGGGUCCUUCAAUGUCAGUGUGAUUUUUGUCUGCACCAUCCCUAAUAUUUCCUCCCUUCCUAGUGCUCAUAGUAUUUGUCUUUCUGUUCCCCAGCUGGCACCCACCACCAGCUCCUCCUUGAUCAAGUCCAUGCAGAUGAUCAAGAACCCGGUGAAGACGUGUGACAAGGUGUACGCCCUAAUCCAGAGCCUCACUCUGCAGAUCAGACAGAGGAUGGAGGAGCCCAAGUCAGCUGGUAAACACUCCGGUUCACAUCUCCAGCAAAGAUCCCCAUUGAAAGGAAUGAACUCCUGGGCUGCGUUCCAAAUGGCACACUAUACCCUUUUUAGUGCACCACCUUAGACCAGGGCCCACAGGGCACUGUAGGGAAUAAGGUACCAUUUGGGAUGCUCCCCCAAACUUUGCUCUGAAACCCCAUUUUAAGAUCCAUCAUUAAGUGUGGUCACAGGUCUCUCUGUCAGAAGGGUUAUCGUGGGUCACUGAGUCGAUGGCUUGAAUUGAAAGCCAGAGCUCUGAUUUGGAGCAACAAGGGGCUUUAAUGUGAGGUUAGUGAUGGAUGAGGAAAUGGACACCUUGAUUAUAUCUGGUUUGGAUUCUAAGGCGCAUCCCACUCACUGAGUAUGAAUGAAAACCAUAACACUCCCUCCAUAGAAAAAAUGGGUUGUCAGUCACUGUAUUUUGACUAAAUGUAUAUGAUGUUUCGGUCGUCACGUGACCUUGAUGAAAUUAAAAGACAACAUAUGUAAUGACUAAUGAUGUGUGUAUAUACACUAGAUGACUGGUAGGGGGCGCUGUUUUGAAGACACUGCACCUCCAUCUUGGUACUCCCACACCGUUGUAAAACAUAUUUUGUAAGCUAUAGAAAUGCAUUUAUUAAUGUCUACAUUUGUUUUUGCCACAUUUAUUAAAUGACAGACACCUUAAUGCAUACAUUUACAUUAUAUUAUGUGUGCUAAACAAAUGUAGACAUUUUGUAGACACAAAAUAUAUAAAACAAAUCUGUUAAAGCAUAACUUUUUGAAAGUUAAUGUUACUGUCACCACUACACCAAAAACAUACUUAAAAACAUGUCAAUUAGUCCUUGAAAUACUGUGGAAUUCCAUCCAUUCCUAUGGAGGACUGCUCCUACUGGGGAGUGACAAGAUGGCCGACCAGUGGCUUCAAAGCCUCUCAUUGGCAAAUACAUCAGCAGUACAGGGUUUAUAUAAAUCAUUGGUAAUGAUGACACAUGAAUGUUAAUGUAACAUAUACUCAGUGAAAUGUAUGUACCAGAUGAAAGUAGAUUACACUGAUAAUCACAGUUACUAAAUAAAGUAGUUUUGACCCUUUUCUUAUUCAUUAUUUGACAUUCCUCAUACCUAAUUUGCACCAUAUUUUACCACGAUGUCUGUAAGUUAUUGCAAUAUGAAUGAAAGACGCUAUAUAAUGAAAGACACAAUAUAAUUCCCUCCAUACAAAAAUUGUUUACAACAUUUUUUGACUACAUUUUUAAUUAUGUUUUGAUCAAAAUGUCACUAAAUGUGGUAGUUGCAGUAUUUGUAUGCAUGACUUUUAACAGUAAAAAAAAAAAAGAAAAAAAAAAAGUCAUACCUUUCUGUCCUGCACCUAUAGUGUAAUGUACAUUUGAAAACACUACUUUCUAGACAUCCAGCUGUACCACAGCGAGACCCUGGACCUGAUGCUGCGGCGCUGGGCCAAGCUGGAGAAAGACUUCCGGAUGAAGAACGGUCGCUACAACAUCAGCAAGAUCCCCGACAUUUACGACUGCAUCAAGUACGACGUCCAGCACAACAGCUCCCUCAACCUGACCAACACCAUGGAGAUCUACCGCCUGUCCAAGGCCCUGGCCGACAUCGUCAUUCCACAGGUAUGUUCGGGUUUGGAGCAAAGAUUUUACGAUUAGCAUUUUUGUAGCUGCCGCCAUUUCACAAAGACUUUACAGUGAUGCACAGCAGACGUACAGGACCAGUAUACUCACCGUACAUCGUGGUGAAGUUUGGAGUGAUCGAAGCAUUUAGAGUGGCAGCCCCUAUUACAUUCUCCUUAUAGAUAUACAGCUUACAUAUCUUAUAGUGUCACCAGAUAGACUAGUAAUCGUUGUUUGAUUAAAGGGACAUUUGUUUUAGUGGCCAGAAUGUUAUGCUCUUGUUGAAAUGGCGAUGUUCUAAAAACAUGGUAUCUUUUUUGCACCCCUGUCCCAUCAGGAGUAUGGUAUCGCUCAACCUGAGAAGCUGGAUAUCGCCAAGGGCUACUGCACCCCCCUCAUUCGCAAGAUCCGCUCCGACCUGCAGAGGACACAGGACGACGACACCGUCAACAAACUGCACCCUGUGUAAGACACACACACACACACACACACACACCCCAUCUCCAUUUCCCUUAACACGUGGAGUCGGCGUCCUCAGAGCAGUAUCCGUAUUGGUCUCCCUAUGAAAUACAAUUGCAGUUCUGCCAUGUGUGUUGUCCAGGUACUCCCGUGGGGUGAUGUCCCCGGAGCGCCAUGUCAGGACCAGGCUGUACUUCACCAGUGAGAGCCACGUGCACUCCCUGCUCUCCAUCCUCCGCUACGGAGCCUUCUGUGACGUGAGUCCUCUCUGACAUUGGUCCUGAACUUCCAUACUGUUACAUUUCUGUAUUGUAUCUAUUUAACCCGUUUAAAGGCCAUUAGAAUCCACCAAACAUUAAUGUAUAGUGCAUAUAUGUAUUAGUAUGAUAUGUCACGUUUUUUUUUUUUACAGUCAUAUAUUCUAUUUUUGUCUACCAAAUGUAACCGCAUUUUAACCAGAAAAUGCUCUUUUUAAUAUGUCUUUAAAUAUGUCUGAAUCCCACGUUUAACUGUUGCUCAUAUCCCAGGAGACCAAAGAUGACCAAUGGAAGAGGGCCAUGGAGUACCUCAAGGUGGUCAGCGAGCUCAACUACAUGACACAGAUUGUAAUCAUGCUUUACGAGGACCCUAACAAGGUACUGUAAGGUCCAAGUCUAUGCCUGUGGGUUGUUGGUUAUAUUAACUAGCACCCAGAAGUUAUAGGUGCUGAUACCAGCCAACACCCUAUUUAUUACCAACACCCUCAUUUAUUACCAACACCCUCAUUUCCAAGUCAUCACACAGCCGCUGUAAGUGGGAUUGUUGGAGUUUUUUUUCCAUAGACGAUAUAGGAUAGACCUCUUUCAUGUCUAUUUACAGAUGUACUUCAGGAUGAAACCUGAGGCAGACGUAAUGGUCAUACUAAUGUUGCCAAUGUAGUAUGGGUUGUUUUGGCGCUCGGUAUUAUGGGUCAUAGAGGUAACGAGGCGCUUUCAUCUCUAACUGUUCUGUGAUAUGUUUUUGAGGAUAACACCUGAAAGUAAUAUAUAAAUAAAUAUAUAUAUAUAAUUUGGUGGGAGCUUAUAUUUGUCCUAUUUCACACAUGUACAAGUAUGUAUUAUACGUAUGUGUGAAUUGGAAAUGUUUUUUUUGCAUAUCCCAACUUCUCCUCGGAGGGUGGGGUCACGGCCAGGGUCUGCCAUUUUCAACAGCUACCCUGUAGCAAAUUAGGGUUAAUUGCCUUGCUCAAGGGCACAGCAACAGAUUGUUUUCACCUUGUCGGCUCGGGCAUUCAAACUAGCAACCUUUCGGUUACUGGUCCAACACACGCUAGGCUGCCUGCCAUCCUAUUAUCACCAGCACACCAUUGUAUCAUUACUCUAGGACCCCUCGUCUGAGGAGCGCUUCCACGUGGAGCUGCAUUUCAGCCCGGGAGCCAAGGGCUGUGAGGACGACAAGAACCUACCCUCUGGGUUCGGCUACAGACCAGCCUCUCGAGAGGUAAGGGGGUCCCGGUCUCUGAAGAAACCAUGUUUGUUAUUAGAUACAAUGAAGGUCUUUUUGUAGAAGUGUGCAACCACUUUUAUGGGUGGCAUAUGGUGAAUGCUGAUGUAGUUACUGGGGAAAAAUAUCAUAGAAAAGCUUAUUGAGGUUAAAAGUGUUUUAUUAUGAGUGUGAGUUGUGUAGUUAAUAUUAGUAUUCGGCUUACUCACAUCUUGACAGGAAGUAGUUAAACUUAGACGCAACAUGAAUGGGCCUAUACCCUGUUUUUUUAACUCCAUUGUGUGCUUUUUUUCGGAUUAAUCUGGAAUUCCUGGUCUUUUCUAGACCUCGGGAAAUCAGAAAUAUAAUGUAUUUCUUUGUCUCAUGAUUAAAGUGGACCGUAACCUUCCUUUCCCUUAUACUUAACGUUCUACCAACUGUAUCCCUGUCAUCUCUAGAACGAGGGAUCAAAGAAGAAGUCUAAGGAAGACAACGACGAGGAGUCGGCCGCCGCCAAGCGGGACGAGCCGGACCGAGCAGCCCUAAUGAUGUUCAGGCCCCUGGUGUCUGAACCCAUCUACAUCAACAGGAAGUGCCCGCUGCCCCGCUCCAAAAAGAUUGGCUCUGUGGAAGUAAGUGCCACCUUUCAGGUCCAGUUCAGAAUACACAGGUGGUAUACAGGAUGGACUGUAUAUAAGCGUAGAGCUUAGAGUCGGAAAGACAGAUGUACUCUACAGUAGUCACAUGCUAGCUACGUAGGUGAUAAAAAAAUGCCUGGUUAGUGGUACUGCUCUUGCAUGUCAUUGCCUUGAAUGAAUAGUUGGGUUAGUACUGUGUAGUGUUGUAUGUUUACAGCAGAGCUAUGCAACAGAAUAUAACAAUGUGUGCCUGUAAAGGGUCACAUGACUAGUCACCAGACACCUUUGGAAUUUAAGCUUACUGUGUUACUUGUUACAGUGAUAUACCAUUACACUUAGAACAAGGAGGGAUUUUUAAGGUCUCAAAACAAUGCUGGUGUGAGUACGUUAUUUCUCUCGAUAGCCCAGCCGCGAGAAAGUAACAAUUGUAAAAUGUAUCUUUGCAUGAACGCACAAAAUUACCUCAAAGGACGCACUUCGCUAUUCUAAAAGUGGCGUGGACCUUGGUCGUUGAGAGAAAUGAAGUGCCACGUUAGCGAUGAAACUUUCAGCAAACUCACCUCUGAAGGUUGUUGCCUGUAAUUUGCAACUUGAUGUUUUGGUCUGCAUCUUCAACGUCUUUGGCUUGCAAUUUACAGAUUAUUGUAUGAUUAGUAUGUCUGUAUAUUCAGGUUGAUAUAUUGAAUUGAUUUUGAAUGUGACAUUGAAAUCUAUUUCUGUGUACCCACCCACACACACACAAAACAUUGCUGUAUGUUUGUGAGUGUGGUGAGUGCAUGGUAACUUCUACUGAUCUUUUGAAAAUGUUGUAAAAACUAAUCAAUUUUCACUUUUUUAUCUCAAGAAGUGGUGGUCACAAACACGUUUGUAUAAAAAAUAUUAUAAUCUGCAUUCUACACUUUAUAUCUUUAUAACAUUCAGCUUGAUGCAGUCACUCAGGUUAUAAGUAAUAAUGUAAAUUAUUACAAUUUUUUUUUUUUUAAAGGUCUAGAAGUCAAAGUUAUUUGCUGGACUUGGAUUGAGUAUUUAGCUAAAUUCAUAUUUACUGUACCCUCUAAUCGCCAUUGCCCAUACUUCAGUAAUGCACUAAGUCACAUCACCACAUUACACCUUGCAUGUGCAUAAGAGUGCAAAAUAUAUAUUUAACAGUUUGUCUCCUUCAGAUCACAAAGAAAUGUUCUGCGAGCAGCGUGUACCAUCACUUUUGCCGAACAACAACCCUUAUGUUUCAAAUUCACCAGUUACACAGCAACAUUGCAAAUGUUAAUUCAACACCCAGUGUCCAUAUUGUCCCACACUACACAGAGCUUAUAUUACACUUUCUGUACUUUCACAGAGUUUGAAAUAGUUGAAAAUGUAUAUUGACCAACACUGGUUAUUGUUGCAUUCACUUUACACUUGUGUAAGUGUUAAAAUCAACUCAAACAAGAGUAUAUUUUAAACUCUAAUUGUUGAUUACAUUGUAAUACCUGGCGGCAGUUAGCCUAGCGGUUUAGAGCGUUGGACCAGUAACCGAAAGGUCGCUGGUUCGAAUCCCUGAGCCGACUAGGUGAAAUUGUCUGUCAAUGUGCCCUUGAGCAAGGCACUUAACCCUAAUUGCUCCUGUAAGUCGCUCUGGAUAAGAGCGUCUGCUAAAUUACUAAAAUGUAAAUGUAAUACUGCUGGGUGUCGGGGUAUGUAUUACAAAAGCAACUAUCACUGUUUGUCUUUUGACUAAUAGUAUUAUAGUGAAUAUUGUCCCUCACCCACAGUAUUAUAGUGAAUAUUGUCCCUUACCCACAUUAUUAUAGUGAAUGUUGUGUCUAACCCACAGUAUUAUAGUGAAUAUUGUCCCUUACCCACAGUAUUAUAGUGAAUGUUGUGUCUAACCCACAGUAUUAUAGUGAAUGUUGUGUCUAACCCACAGUAUUAUAGUGAAUGUUGUGUCUAACCCACAGUAUUAUAGUGAAUGUUGUGUCUAACCCACAGUAUUAUAGUGAAUGUUGUGUCUAACCCACAGUAUUAUAGUGAAUGUUGUGUCUAACCCACAGUAUUAUAGUGAAUGUUGUGUCUAACCCACAGUAUUAUAGUGAAUGUUGUGUCUAACCCACAGUAUUAUAGUGAAUGUUGUGUCUAACCCACAGUAUUAUAGUGAAUGUUGUGUCUAACCCACAGUAUUAUAGUGAAUGUUGUGUCUAACCCACAGUAUCACAUGGUGUUGGCAGUACACUGUUAGAUGAUUUUAACUUGACUUAAUACAUUACACCAGCUGUAUGCUGACACUAAUGCUGAGAGAAUAGUCUGCACACAUCAGCUAAAGUUGCCCUGAGCUACAUUUACUUUAAAAUGUAUUCAUUGAUUGAUAAUUAGCUGAUCGACCAACUUGUGCCAGGAGCACAGAAUUGACUUGAACAUCAAUAUGAACCGUAAAUGGAGAAUUUAACAAUUGCGAUUUACAUUGAUUUGUUUCUCUUUUUCUUUUCUUUGUUGCUUUCCUUUUAGUCCCCAUUGCAGCCAGACUUUAUCAAGACCGCAGCCGGCAAAGUAUGACGAUACAUUAUACCAAAACCCAAACAAACUAAAAAAAAAAAAAGGUCCUACUUGUGAAUGUUGAUGGGACACACACAUACGUUAGCUGGGGACUGUUUUUUUUUUUUGUAAUGUUGCAUGACUGUGCUGUUUUUGCCCCCCUCUCUCUCACUUCCAGGAAGAGAGCCCCCUGAGUGUGUCUAACCCUGACUCUAUUGGUAACUGGCUUCAUUACACCUGUGGUGUUGGUACUGGGCGUCGAAGACGCAGAUCAGGGGACCAAAUCACUUCCUCCCCUGUCUCCCCCAAAUCACUGGCUUUCACAUCCAGUAUUUUUGGCUCAUGGCAACAGGUUUUUACCCAUUUUAAUUUAUUAUCCACACAAACAGAUGACACCUACUCUUGUUCAUGCGCACUUAAAAACACUGCUGCAGUCAGCAAGGACACCUAAUCAGCAGAUUAAUGUAAAGACACCAUUUUUACCCCCAUUCAUAUAUUUUAAAAAAUGUGUGCCAUUUUGUUCAUAAUUUUUUUUUAAGGGCUAAAUGAUCCUGUGAAGAAUGAUUCCUUUUUGUCUAAUUUUUUUGGGGUCAUUUGGCUCAUUGGGUCCAUACAGUGAAGAUGUUAACUCUAACACAAUCAUUUUAGCUUUUAGUGUCUUCCAUUGUAAUAGCAUUGCAAUUCAAAGAUUGCUGGCUAUGGGAUACUCAUUUUCCACUGUAUUUCUUUUUUUUUGUUUUUGCAACUGACAUUGUUGCUCUGCUGCCUUGGUGGAAUUCACACUUUCCUCACAAUGUGGCCACAAUGUCUACUAGAGGUGCACCUAGACAGUUUUACAAAAACUUUUUAAAAGCGCUUAGCGCCAACCAGCUAAAGAGACACUGUCUGUGGCUCUCUCCCUGGUUUCAUCUUUGUUGAGGUUUCCCCCUGUUUUGUCAUUGUACCCCGGAUAAAUAUUUUGUUGGUUUUAGUUUUUUUGGAUUUUUUUUUUACAUCAUAUUUAUUUUAGUUAAUACCUGCUCAUGGACUCUUCAAUUAUGGCUGAGUGAAAUAUAUUCCACUAUAUUGGUAUCGCCAAGUACGAUGUAUAGUUAAAACUGUCCGUGACAUGAAACACAUUUGUUUUUAUUAACCUAAAGCAUUUACACCAAAUAUUCAUUCACUCAUUCAUAACUUGAGCAAAGAGUUUGUGUGAAAUAUUUGAAACACCAGAAUGUAUGUCCUGCUUUUGUCAUGCACUUUCACCUUCUGUCAACAUGGAAAGCCAUAACUGAACCAGUCUGUCAGCACGGUUUGGUGACGUUGUUUUUAAUCCCAUCUAAGAGACUAGGUAAAGACCACUCUUUAUAUUCAUCUGCUGAAACAGACAUUAGCUGUCCUUCGCGACUCACUCGGUUUUGCUGUUGAGUGAGAAUUUGAACAAUAAUCUGGGCCAUUAUCAGAGUGGCUAGUGUGACUAACAUGCAGAUUUUGGAGAUCUGUUUGGGGUGGGAUGUCCGUCCUAAGGUUGCCUGCCGCUUGUGCCUCCAAGAACAUUGGCCCAGCUUGGCUGCGAUGCAACUUAACACACUUGUUUCUAAUGCUUUGCACAAAUGAAAUGUAGAGCAGGCUAUUUCAACUACAUUUCUUGUCCCAUUUGCCAAAUGGAAACCACCCGAUUUUAAUGUGAAAUUGGCUGUAUUUUAUACUUUUGACCAAUUCUUUUGACCAGAUUAUAUUAACGAUAGGGCCAUGGAAGUCAUCCUAUAUAGGGGAAAUGCAGUGUGAAUAUUUAAAGCAGGUCAAAGGUUGACACUAAAUCAUAUAUAUAUAUAUAUAUAUAUAUAUAGAAAAGCAAUAGCUUUCAAUUAUAGCAGUGAUCAAUAAUAGUAUGUAUUAUAGAACAUUAUAGUAGUAUGUAUUAUAUUAUAGUAUGUAUUAUAGUAUAUUAUACAGUGCAUUCGGAAAGUAUUCAGACCCCUUUUUCCACAUUUUGUUACGUUACAGCCUCAUUCUAAAAUUGAUUAUCUGCACACAAUACCCCAUAAUGACAAAGCAAUUUUUUUUGCAAAUAAAUAAAAAAUAGAUACCUUAUUUACUGAAGUAUUCAGACCCUUUGCUAUGAGACUCGAAAUUGAGCUCAGGUGCAUCCUGUUUCCAUUGAGAUGUUUCUACAACUUGAUUGGAGUCCAACUGUGGUAAAUUCAAUUGAUUGGACAUGAUUUGGAAAGGCACACACCUGUCUAUAUAAGGUCACACAGUUGACAGUGCAUGUCAGAGCAAAAACCAAGCCAUGAGGUCAAAGGAAUUAUCUGUAGAGCUCCGAGAUAGGAUUGUGUCGAUGCACAGAUCUGGGGAAGGGUACCAAAAAAAAGCGACGCUCCCCAUCCAACCUGACAGAGCUUGAGAGGAUCUGCAGAGAAGAAUGGGAGAAACUCCCCAAAUACAGGUGUGCCAAGCUUGUAGCGUCAUACCCAAGAAGACUCGAGGCUGUAAUCGCUGCCAAAUGUGCUUCAACAAAGUACUGAGUAAAGGGUCUGAAUACUUAUGUAAAUUUGUUAUUUCAUUAUUUUUAUAAAUGUGCGAACAUUUCUAAAAACCUGUUUUUGCUUUGUCAUUAUGGGUUAUUGUGUGUAGAUUGAGGGAAAAAAAACGAACAAUUUAAUCUAUUUUUAGAAUAAGGCUGUAACGUAACAAAAUGUGGAAAAGGUCAAGGGGUCUGAAUACUUUCGGAAUGUACUGUAUAUUAUUAUUAUAUGUAUUAUAGAAUAUUGUAUAUUAUAAUAUUAUGUAUUAUAGUUUAUUGUAUAUUAUAAUAGUAUGUAUUAUAUUAUGGCUGUAUGUGUGGCGGCACUUUAAAUGUCUUCAUCACACCGUCUGUACAGUAUCUAACCGUCUACAUUUACUUCACACUGAUGUCAUUUAGUAGAACUAUAUCGUAUAGGGUAUACCCUACUGUACAUCAUUAGACUGGUCAAACAUACAACGAAGGACAAUUUAUGUACAUUUGCCUCUGACUGGCAUUUGAGAGAUUUUCAGAGAAACUCUUUAUCUCACUGGUGUAGAGGUGACACCAUCACGAGUCUCUCAGCCAAACUCAGUCGGCUAGGCCAGCUCUCCAAGGGGUUGAACAGACCCUCACAGUCUCUCAGCCAAACUCAGUCGGCUAGGCCAGCUCUCCAAGGGGUUGAACAGACCCUCACAGUCUCUCAGCCAAACUCAGUCGGCUAGGCCAGCUCUCCAAGGGGUUGAACAGACCCUCACAGUCUCUCAGCCAAACUCAGUCGGCUAGGCCAAGCCACUCUCCAAGGGGUUGAACAGACCCUCACAGUCUCUCAGCCAAACUCAGUCGGCUAGGCCAGCUCUCCAAGGGGUUUGAACAGACCCUCACAGUCUCUCAGCCAAACUCAGUCGGCUAGGCCAGCUCUCCAAGGGGUUGAACAGACCCUCACAGUCUCUCAGCCAAACUCAGUCGGCUAGGCCAGCUCUCCAAGGGGUUUGAACAGACCCUCACAGUCUCUCAGCCAAACUCAGUCGGCUAGGCCAGCUCUCCAAGGGGUUGAACAGACCCUCACAGUCUCUCAGCCAAACUCAGUCGGCUAGGCCAGCUCUCCAAGGGGUUGAACAGACCCUCACAGUCUCUCAGCCAAACUCAGUCGGCUAGGCCAGCUCUCCAAGGGGUUGAACAGACCCUCACAGUCUCUCAGCCAAACUCAGUCGGCUAGGCCAGCUCUCCAAGGGGUUUGAACAGACCCUCACAGUCUCUCAGCCAAACUCAGUCGGCUAGGCCAGCUCUCCAAGGGGUUUGAACAGACCCUCACAGUCUCUCAGCCAAACUCAGUCGGCUAGGCCAGCUCUCCAAGGGGUUGAACAGACCCUCACAGUCUCUCAGCCAAACUCAGUCGGCUAGGCCAGCUCUCCAAGGGGUUGAACAGACCCUCACAGUCUCUCAGCCCAAACUCAGUCGGCUAGGCCAGCUCUCCAAGGGGUUGAACAGACCCUCACAGUCUCUCAGCCAAACUCAGUCGGGCUAGGCCAGCUCUCCAAGGGGUUGAACAGACCCUCACAGUCUCUCAGCCAAACUCAGUCGGCUAGGCCAGCUCUCCAAGGGGUUGAACAGACCCUCACAGCAGCUGUGCUAGAAGAGGCUUCCAAUUGGCUCAUUCAUCCCCCCCCCCCCCCCCCCCCCUCUCUCCCCUGUAGCUAUUCCCCAGGUCGUUGCUGUAAAUGAGAAUAUGUUCUCAGUCAACUCACCUGGUAAAAUAAGGGUAAAAUAAAUUCAAUAUAAAAGCACCACUUACUGUAAUGUGUGUUUUCUCUAUGGAGCCUGGUUGAUGGUAGUCACUAAGGAGGGUCUGCUGCCUUACUAGACAGGGGUUACCCUCCCCGGCCCUCCAGGUGAGCUCUGUGAGGUGUGAGAAUGGGCUCAUAGUGUGCUCAUGGUCUUCAACCCACUGACCCAGACCAGGAUCCUGCUGUGAGGUCCGCCCCACUCCACCUCUACCUCCCUUCACCCCAAAAAAAAAAAAAAGGGGCAGAGGAUCCGCUCAUUUCAAGUUUGUCUCGUUUUCUUUGUCCGUGCACGAAACGGUGAUAUUAACAUCUUGGAAAGGAAAAUGAGAACACCAAAACCCUCAACUUCUUUCUUCUUCAUGUUUUGUCUUCACUUUGACCUUUUGUUUUGACACGUGUGUAAUGUGUAUCUUGGUUAAAGUUGUGCAGUCUUGAUUGUUUUCUGUUGCCAUGUCCAUCCUCAUCCCUCAACUCCUGCAUCUCUCUCACCCUCAUCCCUCAACUCCUGCAUCUCUCUCACCCUCAUCCCUCAACUCCUGCAUCUCUCUCACCCUCAUCCCUCAACUCCUGCAUCUCUCACCCUAAUUUCUCAACUCCUGCAUCUCUCACCCUAAUUUCUCAACUCCUGCAUCUCUCUCACCCUCAUCCCUCACUCUGCAUCUUCUCUCACCCUCACUCCUGCCCUCCACUCACUCCCUUCCUGCAUCUCUCUCACCCUCAUCCUCUCAACUCAUGCAUCUCUCCCCUCACCCUCAAUCAUCCUCUACCCUCCCUCAACUCCUGCAUCCUCUCACCCUCAUCCCUCACUAUGCAUCCUCUCACCAUCAAAAUCUCACCCAUCUCCUCACUCUGCAUCUCUCUCAUCUCCCACCUCAUCCUCAACUCCUGCAUUCUCUCACCCUCAUCCCUCAACUCCUGCAUCUCUCUCACCCUCAUCCCUCAACUCCUGCAUCUCUCUCACCCUCAUCCCUCAACUCCUGCAUCUCUCUCACCCUCAUCCCUCAACUCCUGCAUCUCUCUCACCCUCAUCCCUCAACUCCUGCAUCUCUCUCACCCACCCCCCUCAUCCCUCAACUCCUGCAUCUCUCUCCUAUCCUCACCCUCCUCCACUCCCUCAACUCCUGCAUCUCUCUCACCCUCAUCCCUCAACUCCUGCAUCUCUCUCACCCUCAUCCCUCAACUCACUUGCAUCUCUCUCACCCUCAUCCCUCAACUCCUGCAUCCUCUCACCCUCAUCCCUCAACCUCCUCCACUCCUCGCACUCUCUCACCCUCAUCCCUCACUCCUGCAUCUCUCUCACCCUCAUCCCUCAACUCCUGCAUCUCUCUCACCCUCAUCCCUCAACUCCUGCAUCUCUCUCACCCUCAUCCCUCAACUCCUGCAUCUUCUCUCACCCUUCACCCUCAUCCCUCAACUCCUGCAUCUCUCUCACCCUCACCCUCAACUCCUGCAUCUCUCUCAUCCCUCAACUCCUGCAUCUCUCUCACCCUCAUCCCUCAACUCCUGCAUCUCUCAUCCUCACUCGCCUCUCAUCCCUCAACUCCUGAAUCUCUCCACUCCUCAUCCCUCACUCCUCACAUCUCUCUCACCUCAUCCUCAACUCCUCACUCUCUCACCCUCAUCCCUCAACUCCUGCAUCUCUCUCACCCUCAUCCCUCAACUCCUGCAACACUCUCACCCUCAUCCCUCAACUCCUGCAUCUCUCUCACCCUCCAUCCCUCACCUCUCUCCUCAUCUCUCAACUCCGAUCCCUCAUCUCCUCAACUCCUGCAUCUCUCUCACCCUCAUCCCUCAACUCCUGCAUCUCUCUCACCCUCAUCCCUCAACUCCUGCACUCUCAUCCUACUCACCCUCAUACCCUCAACUCCUGCAACACUCUCACCUUCAUCCCUCAACUCCUGCAUCUCUCUCACCCUCAUCCCUCAACUCCUGCAACACUCUCACCCUCAUCCCUCAAUUCCUGCUACUCUCUCACCCGCUGUGUAAUUACCAACCUCUCACGUGGCGUGGUCUCUGUGUGGCCAUGGGGAUGUUGCAUGUUCCAUCUUUCUUUUCUUCUGCUGAUUAGUCUUUGUUGGCGUCUGCACUAACAUUUCCCAGUGCUGCUUAUUAACAUUUCUGUCCAGAAAAAAAGGCAUCUGUUUCAGUAAGGUUGUGGAGUUUCAGUGAAAUGUGGUAAUAUUGUAAUUUUUUCUCCUCAAGGUUCUGUCAGAGAACAAUGCCCAUGCACAGCGACCUGGUAGACUAUACUCUGAACACAAACUCACCCCGGGAGUAGGUAAGCAUAAUCACCACUUUUAGGACAUUUGAAACAAAUUUGCCCCCAUUUAUCACGUUAUAUUAUUAAGAAAUGUUUAAAUAUGAAAAUUCUAUAUUUUAAAAGAAUGUGAUUAGAUGUUUCAUUAUAUCCCUAGUUUUCAAAUGUUUUAGUGUCCUCACAUUACUUUAGCGCAACAUCAAUGUGAGGGCAAAUAUUGGAAGUAACUUUUUAGGAUGUCGGAUUUGUUCUGUACUGUAUGUUUUCUGCUGCAUCUCAAGUCUUUGCUUUGUGUUGACGGAGUCUCAAGCACCUGAAGUAUAAUGCACUGGCUGCUCUCUUCACACUGAAUGAUCAAUUACUAAAUCUGUGAUGUGGAGCUUGUUUGAGCAAGUAAUACAAGCUGUUAAGCAUACUUUAGACAAAGAUUUUUGCCACACAACUAAUACAGUGCUGACUCAAUUUCUCAUACAUGCUGGUAAUGUCCUUAGUGACCUAAAAUGUUGUCGCCACAGCAAAUUCUUAGCAGAAUAUUUGGGAUUUGUUGAUGGCUACCAUUUUAGAUAUGGCUGUCCUACACAUUCAUUCUUUUCAUUCACUUUUAUCUUGAGUCUUAUCUUUGUUUACUAAAGUGAUACAAAGUUUGAUAUUACAAACUAUUUAUUAUUAUGUUUGAAUUGUGUUAUUUAUUUAUUUCUCUUUAAUUUGAUCGUAUUAUUUGUGACGGUAUCUAGUAGUUAGUAGUUUGUCUGGGUAUAGUCAUAAUUAGCUGUGCAAUGAAAAUGACAGUUAUCAAGAUACGUAGUAACUGUAUAAUAGCCUAAUGGUUAGAGGACAGUACAUAGUUAUUAACUUGCAGUGACCUGGGUCAGGUUUCCCGACUAGCGUUGGAAGUUAGGCUUUUACGAAUGUUCUAACGAUGCAUUGUUCAUAACGACCGAAGAAGCUGUAACAUGCGUUUCCCAAAACACCAUGUAGAUAACACUCGCUAAGUGCCUCUUUACAUGCGUUUCCCAAAACACCAUGUAGAUAACACUCGCUAAGUGCCUCUUUACAUGCGUUUCCCAAAACACCAUGUAGAUAACACUCGCUAAGUGCAUCUUUACAUGCGUUUCCCAAAACACCAUGUAGAUAACACUCGCUAAGUGCAUCUUUACAUGCGUUUCCCAAAACACCAUGUAGAUAACACUCGCUAAGUGCCUCUUUACAUGUGUUACCCAAAACACCACGUAGAUAACACUCGCUAAGUGCCUCUUUACAUGCGUUUCCCAAAACACCAUGUAGAUAACACUCGCUAAGUGCAUCUUUACAUGCGUUUCCCAAAACACCAUGUAGAUAACACUCGCUAAGUGCCUCUUUACAUGCGUUUCCCAAAACACCAUGUAGAUAACACUCGCUAAGUGCCUCUUUACAUGCGUUUCCCAAAACACCAUGUAGAUAACACUCGCUAAGUGCAUCUUUACAUGCGUUUCCCAAAACACCAGGUAGAUAACACUCGCUAAGUGCCUCUUUACAUGCGUUUCCCAAAACACCAUGUAGAUAACACUCGCUAAGUGCCUCUUUACAUGCGUUUCCCAAAACACCAAGUAGAUAACACUCGCUAAGUGCCUCUUUACAUGCGUUUCCCAAAACACCAAGUAGAUAACACUCGCUAAGUGCCUCUUUACAUGCGUUACCCAAAACACCAUGUAGAUAACACUCGCUAAGUGCCUCUUUACAUGCGUUUCCCAAAACACCACGUAGAUAACACUCGCUAAGUGCCUCUUUACAUGCGUUUCCCAAAACACCACGUAGAUAACACUCACUAAGUGCCUCUUUACAUGCGUUUCCCAAAACACCAUGUAAAUAACACUCGCUAAGUGCCUCUUUACAUGCGUUUCCCAAAACACCAAGUAGAUAACACUCGCUAAGUGCCUCUUUACAUGCGUUACCCAAAACACCAUGUAAAUAACACUGUAAGUGCGUUGUCGGAGCGUGUGUCAGUACAGAAAGGAUCGAAAAAAGGCAGCGCUGCUCUCGGAUCAGCUUUCUCCGUUCAAAUUCUUAACCUCCCAUUUAGAAUGAAUGCACAAUAAUGACGGCGGACCAGCUCAUGGAGAAACUAUCACCUGUGGCUGCAAAUACCGAGUCCGCUUAUUCGAAUGGCUUACCCUAUGAUAAUGCACUAAAUCACAGAUUUGGCACAUCAUUGCGCACGUUUUACGCAUCGUUAAAUGUAUUGAGGCACAAUUACAUAAGCCUGCAAACUAGAACUCAAUAUGAUAUAAAUAUGUAGGCCUGAUAUGUAGCUUAAUGUUUUUUUAUCCUUGCUUGGCUAGUUUGUAACAAUUGCUAGCUUUGUAUUUGUACUGUAUAUAACUUUGUUCUUAAGAUAUCAGCGGCACAGAUAGAAUGAGUGUUUAUCUGUAUGUUUAGCAGAGAUAUUUGUUGUGUAGGGGAGGGCAAUAAUAAUAAUCGAACAAUGCACUUAAAUAUCAUACAAGUGGUCUGAGGCAGUCGUUAACUUACAAGCAUUUUCAAGUGCAAGUUUUAGUAACGAAGGUUUUGGUAAACAGCUCGAAGAUGGAACAAUGCUCCUAGGAAGGUUUUUACAAUUAACCCAGGUCUAUAAUGUCGGCCCAAAAGUUAGUUUUUGAUGUGCUCAAAGAUGUUGUUGAGGAGUAAAGACACUUUCACUGUUUUUAGAUAAAAGCAUUCAUUGUAUCGCUAUAUGAACGUGUUUAUAGCCUCAAGCUACAAGCUAAUUUAGCUAGCUAUCAUUAGCUGCAACAAGAUUCUAGCUAACUAGCUUGUAAGCUUGCACCACAGAUAGCACAAUGGGUUAGUUAUAAAACUAUUUACUUGCACACUUCAGUGCUGACAUUACCGUUCUCCUAGCAACAUGAUAUUAUACUGGCAGUCCCCCUGCAAAGACAUGCUAAACUUUGGUAAUAUACAUUUUUGUUUUUGCACUCUAGUGCAGGACAACCAAAUAUUUGUGCAACUAAACCAAGAUAGACCACAGCCUGUCGUUUCUAAUGGGAACAAAUGAGUCAUAGUCAGUGUUGUCAACUCCUCAGUAAGGAAAGUAGCUAUUGGCUGUCCUAAAAGUCGCUAGAAGUAUGAAAAAUGUAUGCACUCACUAAACUGUAAGUCGCUCUGGGUAAGAGCGUCUGCUAAAUGACUAAAAUGUAAUGUAAAUGCACCCCCCCCCCCCCCACCACCACCACACACACACACACACACACAAUGCCAUCCUCAUGCCAAGUGACAUUACUGUCAUUAUGUGAAUGCUCUUAUGAGGCUGCACAAAGUCUUUUUGUGGCAAGAAUCUCCUAGGCAUGCAUGCUGCAUGCAUUCCAAUGGUGUGGACCAAAUGGUUGUUGUAUGUAUCUUCUCUAACUCCCACCAGGGUCUCAUUGCGCUGGUCUCUUUAGCACCAUGGUGCUCGGGGCUUCCUCCAGUGCUCCUAACCUACAAGAUUAUGCUCGCGUGCACCGUAAAAAGCUGACUUCUUCUGGCUUCUUAGAUGGUAUGUGCAAACACGCACACACAUCUUUAAAAAAAAAAGAUGAACCCUUGCUCAUUUUUCUAAAGGAAUCCUGUAAUUUCCUUCUGUGUAUUUCAAUAGGAAAUAUAUGAAUGUAUUCUGACACUUUGUGUUGGUCCCCCUAGUUUAACAUAUUGUGUUUUUGGACAGAAGCAUAAUUCAUGUGUUUGGGAGAAGAAAUUGCAAUAAUCCAUCAGCUUUUUGGCUAAUAUAGUGAAAUCUAUUGUUUUGAUAGUGAAGUUAAGGUUUAUUCAUACAAAAUAAGAUAGAUUUUUCCGGAGUUGUGCAAAAUCACUCAGUACUGAUCCCCCUCAUAACUCAUAACUUAUUUUGAUAAUCAAGAUCGUAUUGGGCUCCCGAGUGGCGCAGUGGUCUAAGGCACUGCAUCUCAGUGCUUGAGGCGUCACUACAGACCCCCUGGUUCAAUUCCAGGCUGUAUCACAACCGGCCGUGAUUGGGAGUCCCAUAGGGCGGCGCACAAUUGGCCCAGCGUCGUCCGGGUUUGGCUGGUGUAGGCCGUCAUUGUAAAUAAGAAUUUGUUCUUAACUGACUUGCCUAGUAAAAUAAAUAAAUACAUAUUAAAGUAUUCAAAUUAAUUGCUGGUCGAAUAUUCCUGUCUCAGAAAUCUGGUACUAUAUCGAUUUAGCUUGGCAAUGAGAUGCGAUUGUACUUUAUUACAUGGUGAUGUGUGAAAAUCAUUAUUUCAUUCAUUACUACAUUUUUUAUUUUUUAUUUCGUUAUUACUCAUGCAAACAAUAAUUUCUUAUGGACAGAAUCCGAACCUGACAUCUGCACACGUAACUAAGAUGUAACUAAGCAUACAUUUUGCUUUGAUUUCAAAGAGUUGCGUGUGCGGAUCUCAAGUAAGGACUUAGCCCUCAAUCACAGUUUACCUUCAAUCAUUUCUUAUUUUUAUUAAUAAUGCAAAUGUUUACUAAUUGAAUCAAUUUAAAUCAUGAGUGAUUCUUUUUUUUGUUGGAAAUUUACUAUUUUGGAAUUUGUAUUACAAAUGAAAUAUGGAAAACGUUAUUACUAAAGUUACUGUUGCUAGCUGUAAAGCUCAUAUGUAGUAAAAUGCUUGGAAAAUAGAGCUUUUCACAAUUGGUAAAAUGACAUCACAACUGGACACCUCGUCAUUUUUGGGAUAUGUUUUUGACACGACAUGUAGCUAGUAAAAGUGUGUGAACGGUUGCUAACUACCUGUAAAUAUCUUAAGCUAACUGGCUAAUUAAUGUAGCUAGCUGGCUAAUUGUUGGGCGAAACAAUUAACUUAUUUACAGUUGGUUAGCUACCGCACCGCUUUUGCUAGCAAACUUAAUGCUCCCUUCAAAACUAGUAAGGUGUCUCCACUAAUGUCUACAUUUUGACCUUUUGUUGGGGUCCAUUUCAAUUCAGUCGAUUAUAUAUUGGAAUUGGAAUUUCAGUUUACUUCCUGAAUUGACUUAAUUGAAAUGGAAUUGACCCCAACCCUGGUUUUGUUCCCAUAUUACACUCUUCAAACAGUCUACAAAUACUCAAUUGUAAUUUUAUGAAUAUUAUUAUUUUAUUUUUUUGGCGUUUUCUUAUGGCAGUCUUUGUAGCUUUUCCGCAUUUUUAUGCAUUUUAGAUCAUCCUUUUGGAUCUUUCCAGACAUUUUUGAUAGCUUUUAUUAAAACAGUUAGGCCUAUUCCACAAAGUUUAGAAUACUCUUUUUCUAUUAUACUGGCAGAUCUGUGGAAUAAGGUGUAGAUAAUAUUUUAGUUUUUAUUUGAUUGCUCACCCAGUUUUAGAACGUUACUAAGUAACACAUGUUAUAGCACUUUUUCACAGACUGUUUCACUGUUGUCAUUUACAUGGGCAUUUGAUUUCAAGCCGGAGUCAUUCCACCUCAAUAAGCACAAGAAAUAGGAUUUCGAAAACCCACCAUCUCAGAUUGUUCUGAAAUAAUUUGUAUAGUUCAAAACAGAUAAGAUUAGCAUUCUUGAAACAUUAUUCUGUUGAAAUAUACACUACAUUACCAGAAAUAUGGGGACACCUGCUCGUCGAACAUCUCAUUCCAAAAUCAUGGGCAUUAAUAUGGAGUUGGUCUCCCCUUUGCUGCUAUAACAGCUUCCACUCUUCUGGGAAGGCAUUCCACUAGAUGUUGGAACAUUGCUGCGGGGACUUGCUUCCAUUCAGCCAUGAGCAUUAGUGAGGUCGGGCACGGAUGUUGGGUGAUUAGGCCUGGCUCGCAGUCAGCGUUCCAAUUCAUCCCAAAGGUGUACGAUGGAGUUAAGAUCAGGGCUCUGUGCAGGCCAGUCAAGUUCUUCCACACCGAUCUCGACAAACCAUUUCUGUAUGGACCUCGCUUUGUGCACGGGGGCAUUGUCAUGCUGAAACAGGAAUGGGCAUUCCCCAAACUGUUGCCAAAAACGCACAGAAUCGUAUAGAAUGUCAUUGUAUGCUGUAGCGUUAAGAUUUCCCUUCACUGGAACUAAGGGGCCUAGCCCGAACCAUGAAAAACAGCCCCAGACCAUUAUUCCUCUCCACCAAACUUUACAGUUGGCACUAUGCAUUGGGGCAGGUAGCGUUCUCCUGGCAUCCGCCAAACCCAGAUUCGUCCGUCAGAAUGCCAGAUGGUGAAGCGUGAUUCAUCUCACUCCAGAAAAUAUGUUUCCACUGCUCCAGAGUCCAAUGGGAGCGAGCUUUACACCACUCCAGCCGACGCUUGGCAUUGCGCAUGGUGAUCUUAGGCUUGUGUGCGGCUGCUUGGCCAUGAAAAUCCAUUUCAUGAAGCUCCCGACGAACAGUUCUUGUGCUGACGUUUGCUUCCAGAGGCCGUUUGGAACUCGGUAGUGAGUGUUGCAACCGAGGACAGGCGAUUUUUACGUGAUACGCGCUUCAGCGCUCUGCGGUCCCGUUCUGUUAGCUUGUGUGGCCUACCAAUUCGCGGCUGAGUCGUUGUUGCUCCUAGAUGUUUCCACUUCACAAUAACAGCACUUAAAGUUGACCGGGGCAGCUCUAGCAGGGAAAAGAUUUGACGAAUAGAUUGUUGGAAAGGUGGCAUCCUAUGACAGUGCCACGUUGAAAGUCACUGAGCUUGGCCUCCCAAGUGGCGCAGCGGUCUAAGGUACUGCAUCGAAGUGUUGAGACGUCACUACUGCAUGUGGUUCGAUCCCAGGCUGUGUCACAGCCGGCCGUGACCGUGAGUCCCAUAGGGCGGCGCACAAUUGGCCCAGCGUCGUCCAGGUUAGGGGAGGGUUUGGCCGGGGGGAUUUCCUUGGCUCAUCGCGCUCUAGCGACUCCUUGUGGAGGGCCGGGCAAGCUGACUUCAGUUGAAUGGUGUUUCCUCCAAAACAUUGGUGCGGCUGGCUACCGGGUUAAGCAAGCAGGUGUUAAGAAGCAGCGCGGCUUGGCGGGUCAUGUUUCGGAGGACGCAUGACUCGACCUUUGCCUCUCCCGAGCCCGUUGGGGAGUUGCAGCGAUGAGACAAGAUCGUAACUACCAAUUUGGAUAUCACGAAAAAGGGGGUCAAAUUACAAAACAAUUAAUCAUAAUAAUCACUGAGCUCUUCAGUAAGGCCAUUCUACUGCCAAUGUUUGUCUAUGGAGACUGCAUGGCUGUGUGCUAGAUUUUAUACACCUGUCAGCAACGGGUGUGGCUGAAAUAGCCAAAUCCACUAAUUUGAAGGGGUGUCCACAUACUUUUGUGUAUAUAGUGUAAUUUGAUCUCUGAGAAAUUAAGCUAAUUGAUUGCACCCAAAUUGUCUGUUUUUUUAAUUUAUAGGAUUCGUAUCUUCAAUAAAUAUAGUACCUAACAUCCGAUUUAGACCAUAAUUCUUCCUAACUGUGAGUAAGACAUGAGGAAUCCAAUAAAAUGGUCAAAAGCCACCCACGGACCCCCCACAUCCCACGCCAAUCCCAUCCCAACAACCAGUAUACAGUAUCAGGUCUCUGUUUGACAAGUAGUAUGGAGCUGCUGCUUGGACUAUUGUGUCUUCAUCCUUUGUAAUGUAUUCCCUGUGAAUCUGGUGACGUUAGUCUUUUUUGUUCAGAGAAAUUAGCCAUUGAAGUCGCUUGCAUUAUUUACUAUAAAUUAGCGUGAAAGUACCAAGUUUUGCCCACUAGAUGCCGCUGUUCCUGAUACUUUUAUCCAUUUUGCUGGUCUCUUGUGUUUAUUAAAUGGAUCACAACAUUUUCUUUGCAACUUUGGGUAGAAAACCAAUAGCUUUUGCUCAUGAAAAUAAAUAGUGCGGUUAUCCUCACGACUCAGCCGCGAGUUUUUCCUUCUCUUAGGCUUAAUUUGUGUCCAGGAAAUGGCCCCUCUGUGUGUGUGUGUGUGUGUGUGUGUGUGUGUGUGUGUGUGUUUUAUUCCCUUCAAGAAAGGUAUGGAUUAGUUAGACCAUUCCUGGCAAACAAGCAAACCAUUAGGCUACAGCAAUUCUUCAUGGUUUCAAUUGUAAAAGUCCCAAACACAUACUGUAGAGUGUUUUGCAAGGGUAAUGGUAUUGGGCUGGGUAGGUUUAAUGGUAAAUGUCAGUAAUCACACUAAAUAUAGAGAUGUUUUCUAAUAAUUGUAUUGAAAAACAUACAACUGCCUUGCAAUGGUUUAUAAUUUGAUUAGGGUUGUCACAAGUUUUGGGCUUGUAGAAAAAGUAUUCAUAUGAGAAUUGCGUAGGAAUAACUAAUGAGAGAGGCCACUUGUUGGACUGUUCAAGGAGAGUUGGGUUGAAGCAUUAGGUUGCUAAGAGAAGGACAAACUGAAUUGCUUUCAUGGAGGACUGGCUUGACCUCACAAUUUAUGAGCAAAAGCUAUUGGUUUUCUACCCAAAGUUGCAAAGAAAAAUGUUGUGUUCCAUUUUUAAUAAACACAACAGACCAGGAAAGUGGAUACAAGUGUGUAGUGGCAGUAGCAGGAAACAGUGGGAUCUAGUGGGCAGAACCUGGUACUUUCACACUGAUUUCUGGUAAAUACAAGUUUAAAAAAAAGAAUAAAAAAAAAUCACCAGAUUCACAGGAAAUGCAUUACAAAAGAUGAAGAAGCAAUACAACAAACCGCAGCUUCAUACUACUUUUCAAACGUAGAGAACUGAUACUAUAUACUGGUUGUUGAGGUGGGAUUGGCGCGGGGGUCCGUGGGUCCGUGGGUGGCUUCAUGUCUUACUCAAUGGGAGGAAGUUUAGUCCAAUCGGAUGUUGGGUACUAUACUGUAUUUGUUGAAUAUUAUCUGAAUCCCGCAAAUCAAAAGGUCCAAUUUGGGUGCAAUUUCUCAGAGAUUAAAUUAAAAUUAAAAUAACGUUUCAGGGAUGCUAAUCUUAUCUGUUUAUAACUACAGAAAUGAUUUCAGAACAAUCUGAGAUGGUGGGUGUCAUGGCUUGCUGAAAUAAAGUCAUGAAGAAAAUCAAAAAUGUCUAAGAUUAUGGCUGUCCAAAUGAACAGCUUUUCCUUAGUUUUGAAGCAAAUUGAUCAGGAUCAUCAAACUUUUAAUUGAUUUAACCCAUAAAAUCCAGGAUUCUUUGCACAGUCACAUAUAAUGUAUCCUAUUUAUACUGUAAUGUGUGGAAAGUUGGACAUUAGUUAAUCAUUUGUAGCACUGAAAAGAUGCUGAAGCACCAGCAAGGUAAUUGUAGGAAAACUAGUUGGUGGAAGGCAGGUGGUGAAGCUACAGUAGAUGUGGUUUGGGUUUGAUUCUGCUAUAUGCAAGGUUCAAUAAAGUGGGGGACCAGUACAGGUGUCCAUUGGCCUUUUUAGAAAUUGUUUCCAGACAACCAUAAUAAUUGUUCAUCUUCACAAACCUUGCUCUGGCUGAGAGAAUCCUAACAGUUAACUCACUACUAAAACAAAACGUUCCUUUCCUCACCCUUCUUUCCUGCACGCCUUCUAAUACUUCACUUCUUUAGCCUUUUCCUAACCUCUAUUUCUGUUAGCUGUUGUACAUUUCAGGUACCUGUUUUUCUCUUUCUCAGAGGCCACGCGUGGGUCUGCUGUAAAACGAUUUUCUAUCUCAUUUGCGCGACACCCGACCAAUGGUAUGUUUGCUUUUGUUAAUUAAGAUGCACCCCCUUACCUCAUCCCUGUUUAUUUUGGUCUGGAUAGAAUCUUCCCUCCCCCAUGAGAUCCUCUGCUAGCGUCAAAGCAGUGCACAUGGAAUGUGAUCAUAAACAUUGAGACUACUGAAUGCUCAUGCAAACUUCCAAGACCAUGUGCUUCUUUUGUUCGCCUGAAAAGUCCUCAUGUUUGUCACCCUAUAGUUUAGGACCUCAUGGAGCUAUUUGUGGCUAGCUAGUCCUGUCCCCCUGCUCAUCUGUUCAUGUUAAUAGUUGCGGUGCUGUAGUUUUAGUAGUUUGUUUGGCUCGAAUAUGGCCUUCAAUGGUAUGUUUUUUUUUUUCUUGAUGGCUUUUGUUGUGUCGAGAGUUGGGUGACUGUAUCACAAGAACGUUGCCAAUCUAUAAAUGUUCCUUUAGACGUAUGGCAAAUUAUAGUUAUACCGUUAAUCUAGUCAAAUGUAGUAAUGUUUUGAAUCUAUGGCAAAUAUGGGAAUGCUGUUAUUCUAGUCAAAUUUAGUAAUGCCGUUAAUCUAUGGAAAAUAUAGUAAUGUGGUUAAUCUAAUUUAGUAAUGCUGUUAAUCUGGGCAAAUAUAGUAAUGCUGUUAAUCUAGUCAAAUAUGAAUGCUGUUAAUUUAGUCAAAUAUAGUAAUGCUGCUAAUCUAGUCAAAUAUAGUAAUGCUGCUAAUCUAGUCAAAUAUAGCUGUAGUAUCUAUUGCACUUUUCCUUAAUUGUUUUAGAUGUAAAGGCAACUUUUGAAAUUUGAAAUCAUAAUGUGAUAUCUGGGAUUCAUAUUUUCUUACAUUUGGUCCGCAUAAACCUGUCAGCCACCUCAGCUUGUGGUUGACUCUAAUUUUGAUGCAACAAAAUAUGAUUUUGUCGUUAAAGUACGUUCUUUGUACAUUAAACCAAUUUGCACUAAUUUGAUAAUUUUGGGUUAUCGUUGUUUUUCUUCUGCUUUUCUAAAUGGGUCAGUCUUUUCCAGUAUGUUCUGUGGUAAGUGUUUUAUUAUGUGUAAUUUACCCAUUUAUAUCUUGUCUGAACAUUGUUUGGUGUUUUUAGUUUUUCUGUUGUGUAUAGUUCAGCUUCCUUGAUCUUUCUUAGUCCUGCCCCCCCCCCCCCCCCCCCCCAGAACACUCUUGCUCAUGAAAAUGUAUAUUUCUAUUUGGUGCUGUUGUGAGGUGCUAUCUAUAAUAAAUCCUCUAAGCCACAGGCAUACAGGACAUGUCCUACAGUCCAAAAAGGUUUAGUAUAUUUAUUGAUAAAAUAUUAAGAUUUGUUAUCAUUAUUACUGUGAAUUUCUAGGAUACAUAUAUAAAUAUUAUGAAUAUAUAUUUACUUGUUAUAGGGAAAAUAAGGUCAAAUAAGAUACGUUUAAUAAGAAAGGGGGAAGAGCCAAUCUAUACCUUUUCCUGAGGGAUCAUAGUGUAAUUACUGUGUUAUUACAUCCUUGCAAAUAUACUUAUUAUUUUAUUUCUAUUUGGCCAACAAAAAAGGUUUUAUUGAUAAAGGAACUUUGUUCAAAUCUAAUAUUUUUUAACAUUAAUUUACAUAAUUAUCAUAUCUCAAAAUGUGUCUUUGUACAGAGUACCAAGGUUUUUUCAUCCAUGGUGUGUUAGACUCAUUGGGGAGUAUUCAUACAAAUAUGUGGUUAUUGCCUAAAAUGAUAAGCUCAAUUGAAUUUAGUUAUAUAUAUUUAGCAACAUAUUUAGUUCUAUGAAUUGCCUCAAUGACAUGCAAAUGGGGAAGAUUUUGAUGCUGUUAUUAGUGAGCAUAAAAAUGCCCCCUUUUGCCCUCAUGUUGUAUUAACCAGAGAAGCCAUGUCUCAUUGCAACAUACUAACCGUAUAUGUUUUCUGCAUCAUCACCUUUGUCUGCAGUGUCUCAGACACAUUUAUUUGCGCAUUGGUGUUACUGUACUGCCUAAAUAUUAUUUUCCCAGUUACUUGUUACCUUCUCAGCUGUCAAAUUCUACAUGCUUUGGAAACUGAAUCUACCGCAGCUCUUUCAGUCUUGAAAAGACACACUAUUAUUAUUUAUUUAUAUAUUUUCUACAAUAAUUUAGAAAUUAAGUAUAUCUAACCAAUUCCAAUUGUAUACAGUACAUUCGGAAAGUAUUCAGACCCCUUGACUUUUUCCACAUUUUGUUACGUUACAGCCUUAUUCUAAAAUGGAUUAAAUAGUUUUUUCCUCAUCAAUCUACACACAAUACCCCAUGAUGACAAAGCAAAAACAGUUUUUUAGAGAUUUUUGCAAAAAAAACAGAAAUAUAAUAUUUACAUAAGUAUUCAGACCUUUUACUCAGUACUUUGUUGAAGCACCUUUGGCAGCGAUUACAGCCUAGAGUCUUCUUGGGUAUGACGCUACAAACUUGGCACACCUGUAUUUGUGGAGUUUCUCCCAUUCUUCUCUGCAGAUCCUCUCAAGCUCUGUCAGGUUGGAUGGGGAGCGUCGCUGCACAGCUAUUUUCAGGUCUCUCCAGAGAUGUUCAAUCGGGUUCAAGUCCGGGCUCUGGCUGGGCCACUCAAGGACAUUCAGAGACUUGUCCCGAAGUCACUCCUGCGUUGUCUUGGCUGUGUGCUUAGGGUUGUUGUCCUGUUAGAAGGUGAACCUUCGCCCCAGUCUGAGGUCCUGAUCAUUCUGGAAAAGGAUCAAGGAUCUCUCUGUACUUUGCUCCGUUCAUCCUUCCCUCGAUCCUGACUAGUCUCCCAGUCCGUGCCGCUGAAAAACAUCCCCACAGCAUGAUGCUGCCACCACCACGCUUCACCGUAGGGAUGGUGCCAGGUUUCCUCCAGACGUGACGCUUGGCAUUCAGGCCAAAGAGUUCAAUCUUGGUUUCAUCAGACCAGAGAAUCUUGUUUCUCAUGGUCCGAUAGUCUUUACAUGCCUUUUGGCAAACUCCAAGCGGGUUAUCAUGUGCCUUUUACUGAGGAGUGGCUUCCGUCAGGCCACUCUACCAUAAAGGCUUGAUUGGUGGAGUGCUUCAGAGAUGGUUGUCCUUCUGGAAGGUUCUCCCAUCUCCACAGAGGAACACUAGAGCUCUGUCAGAGUGACCAUCGGGUUCUUGGUCACCUCCUUGAUCAAGGCCCUUCUCUGCUGAUUGCUCAGUUUGGGCCAGCGACCAGCUCUAGGAAGGCUCCAAACUUCUUCCAUUUAAGAAUGAUGGAGGCCACUGUGUUCUUGGGGACCUUCAAUGCUGUAGUAAUUUUUUGGUACCCUUCCACAGAUCUGUGCCUUGACACAAUCCUGUCUUGGAGCUCUACGGACAAUUCCUUGGACCUCAUGGCUUGGUUUUUGCUAUAACAUGCACUGUCAACUGUGGGAGCUUAUAUAGACCAUGUGUGUCUUUCCUAAUCAUGUCCAAUCGAUUUAAUUUACCACAGGUGGACUCCAAUCAAGUUGUAGAAACAUCUCAAGGAUGAUCAAGGGAAACAGGAUGCACCUGAGCUCAAUUUCGAGUCACAUAGCAAAGGGUCUGAAUACUUAUGUAAAUAAGGUAUUUCUGUUUUUUGUUUGAUACAUUUGCUAAAAUUUCUAACAACCUGUUUUCGCUUUGUCAUAAUGGGGUAUUGUGUGUAGAUUGAGUUUUUAUUUAUUUUAUUUUAUUCAUUUUAGAACAAGGCUGUAAUGUAACAAAAUGUGGAAAAAGUCAAGGGGUCUGAAUACUUUCCGAAUGCACUGUAUUACCCACAGUCACUAAUGGAUGACCACUGAAGAAUAGUGCUAGAGCCACCAAAGAGCCAAGUGGCUUGGAAAAAGAGAUGAAAAAGGAAAGAAGCCCCAUGUUCUUUUGUGUGUAUUGUAAUUUCUAAAACGUCUUAAAUAGUUGCAUGUACAGUUAUGACAUUUUCUUACAGUAUGGUAUUUUAUUAAACGUGCAAUAUGCAGACAUCACUCCGCCAUUUCCUGGUUGCUAAAAUUCUAAUAGUUCUCCUAAUUUCAGUUUGUGGCAAAACAAGCAAGGUGAACCUUCGCCCAAGUCUGAGGCCCUGAGCGCUCUGGAGAAGGUUUUCAUCAAGGUUCUCUCUGUACUUUGCUCCAUUCAUCCUUGUAGAGAAUCAUUGUGCAAUCUAAACCGCUGUGAAAUCUCUUUUCAAUUACCACAAAUAUUGUAUUUUCAGCCAUUUGAAGCUGAUGUACAAAACCGAAAGUAAAAGAUGCAAAAAACGAAACUUAAGAACAGGAAGCAUAGAAAUAGCUCACAUAGAACAGAUCUACCGCUUCUUAGACUUGCUUUCAAUGAGAUGUAUGACUCAUAUUUCUAUGCUAAUUUGGUCAGGUCGCCCAAAACGUUACAUAUUGCGGCUUUAAACCGAAUGUAAAAAAUAAAACACUAGCUUUUCCCCUGAACAAUAUUGUGGUGUUUGUUAGACCACUUUAUUAAAUCUCCCCCCACGUCCAUCAAAGGCUUUAAGGCUUUAUAAACCAAACUGUAAUCACAACUAGGGUAAGUUAACAUUCACUUUUGUGUUUCUUCUCAUCCUGGCUGGGACAGUCGUGAUGGGUAUUGCUUUCAGUGGGAUAUACUUUGUGUCAUACGUCUGCCAUCAUCCUACAGUAUUCACCUCAAUCAGAUCUGAUCUGUUUCGGUAGUGUUUUGUUUUUGUUUGCUGUCACUUUGAGAUAAUUGAAGCGUUGUGAUUUUGUCUGCCGAUUUUCAUUCCCCCCCCAAAUAAUGCAAUGUUCUCUGUCAUGAUUAGUCUCCAGAGGGCUUGUAGUGUUCUCUGUAUUGUCGGCUUAUCAUCCGGAGGCAUUUCCCCCCUCUAGGUUUUGAGUUGUACUCCAUGGUUCCGUCCAUAUGCCCCCUGGAGACCCUGCACAACUCGCUCUCGCUGAAACAGAUAGACGACUUCCUGGCUUCCAUAGCUGCAUCCCAUGAGUCACUCCUGGAGAUCUCUGCCUCCUCCCCAGGUACGUAUCGCUGCUCGUCGUACAAAUGAUCAACAGUAAUUUGUCGAUGCUCGCAUCUCAAUUUAUUUUUUUGUGUUCGACAGCUGGGAAGAAAACUCCUUUGAACACUUACACUCCAGCAAAGAUAUUGCCCUGCCCUUUCACACAAGGCAAGAAGAAUGUGGACAAGGCUGCAACUGGUAAACGAUUUAGUGUUGAUAACCCAUCACUUGCUAUAGUAGUAACUAAUAGGCUUGUUCUGUUUGUGUGACCUGUACUCUUUGUUGAACUGAAAGUGUUUGCUCUUUAUUUGACCAUUCUUUGGGCUAUUUCAGCAUUAUGGAUGUGACAUUUGCACAGUAUCACAAACAACAUUUCUCACAGAAUGGACACACAAAACAUAAUUUAAAUGUUUGAUGUGUGUGGCUGGCUGUAGUACACAAAAAAAAGGACUUGUUCAUAUUGGAGAAAUAAAGCAAAAAAUACGCUUUUGGAUGUGACAUGAAAUGGACAAGCUUUUUGGGGAGACUGAACAUAUUAGCAGUCUGAGUUUGUAAGUCUUACGUUUAAAAACAUGGAUAGCCAUUUUAGAAUGAAAGGCUUGGCUGAACACAAAAACAAUCAUUUUGAAAAGAUUGUAAUUUACAUGUAUUACUUUUGGAGAGGAGAAGCUACGAUUAUGGAUGUUACACUCCCCGUUAUGGAUGUGACAGAGUCUGAAACGGUCCGAUUUUUCUUGAUCAAAAUCUAUCAUACUGUAACACAAGUGUUGUCAUCUGGAAUGUUUUUAGAAUGUCAACAGAAGUGGAACUACAUAAUUAUGUUAAUUAGGGUAAUAAAGCCAGGCACCACACCAAAUAGAGUAUAAAAUAUAUGUAUUCUUUAUCUAUCAAAAUGACCAUUACCAGUUGAAUGUAGACAUGAGAUUAUUUGUAUUACACCUUUUCUGAAAUAUUGUGUUAAAAUGCACAUGAAUAUGCAAAUGAAGCUAUUUGGUAUUUUAUUAGUAUCCCCAUUAGCUGUUGUGAAAGCAGCAGCUACUCUUCCUGGGGUCCACACAAAACAUGAAACAUGACAUAAUACAGAACAUUAAUAGACAAGAACAGCUCAAGGACAGAACUACAUCAAUUUAAAUAAGGCACAAGUAGCCUACAUAUCAAUACGUACACACAAACUAUCUAGGUCAAAUAGGGGAGAGGCGUUGUAACCAUGAGGUGUUGCUUUAUCUGUUUUUUGACGUGCCUACUGUUAGUCUGCACUGCCAUUUUUUCUCAGGUUGACCUUCCACUGGAAUUUUACCUUAUUGUUCAGUCACAAUAUUCUUGUGAAUGGAGAAUGCCAAGUUGAAACAUCUGAAAGCCCAGUAACAGCUGGAGAUUAAUUCCACAACCUUGAGAUGAGCUGAACUCCAUUUCACCAGCAGUAUGAGGAGCUAUGCUCACAGUUGACCAUGCUCAUUGCGCUUCCUUUUCUCCCUCACAGGGACCAGCUCAUCGCCCACCAAAGAUCCCCGGUCUGGCUCUGCCAACCCUUCCCCAAACGCUGCAGCUGGGGAUAAAGCAUCCCAGCAGUCCCCCCCUCAGCCCACCACAGAAAGCAAAGCAGCCCUGGAACCCACCUCUGAGGACCUGGAGCCUCCUGCUGGUCUCUCAGCAACUCAACACUCCCCCAAUGACAAACUGGAGGCCUCAACCCCCGACACCGCAGGAGACAAAUGGGGCGAGCUGAGUCUGCAGCGUGAUGCCCAAAGUUGCAAAGCACCGCCACAAACCCAGAGUGGUGACACGCCACCACAAUCCCUUGCCCCAGGUGCACCAAGUGGCAAAGUGCCAUCAAAGAACCUUACCCAAGAUUACCUGACUUGUAAAAUGUCCCCACACCCACCUUCCAAAGAAAUCCAGAGUGGUAAAGUGUUACCACAAACGUUUCCCCAGGAUACACCAAGUGGUAAAGUAACAUCACUAGACCCCACAGAAAAGGGGUCCAAGACUUCACCCCAUGACAAAGUUCACCAGGGACUUACUUCUAAAGGUACUCUUGGAGAAGGUGCCAGGUCUUUGACCACCAGCAAGGAAAGGGAGGCAAAGCUGGACUCCAAAUAAACAAAUGUUCUGUUCAAGGUCAAAACAGUGUUGCAAUUGUUACACAAUUAGGAUUAGAUUAACCAUAUUUUGAGAUUCCUGAUUUCUCAGAAAUCACAUAUAAUCUCCGUCUAGACUAGGGAUAUUUGUUACAAAAUGCUGUUACUCUUAGCUGAACUUGCAACAUGGUCAUUUCAUGAAGUUCCAAUGUUUCCGGAGGGUGUCACUAUUGCACAGUGUGUGUAAAAGGCACACUUACCCUAAGACAUGCAAUGUGUUUGUGAUGCUCUUGCUACUGUAUGACUGCUUCCCAUUUGAUUCACCCGUUGCUUAGCGUCUUGUACAUUUGAAUGUAAUGCAGAUGUACAGUGUAGAAUUGAAAUGUUGAAUAUCCUGCUGCCCACAUCUCGCUGGAUUCCAGAACUGAGACUAAUGGAAUGGAUGUUCUGGCUCAUCUUGAGCCUACAAGGUCCAAUAUAUAUGUUUUUAAAGAGUCAGAUAAAAUGUACUUGUUUCCUGUACAGGGUACAUAUGUUUUCCACCUAUAUUUUCAGAACCUACUCUGAGCUUGCACUUCAUUUCCCAUUCAUGCAACUGGAACCGGAAGAGUCAGCCUUAUGAAUACUGUAAUGACCAUCGUUUUCACUCUUUAUUACAUUGUAAUCAAACAUAAUUGUUGUACAUAUUCAGAAUAAAUAUUCCGG